AGAGCCUCCCGAGAUAUCUCGCUACCGGCUCUCUCAUAAUUCGCAUUCGACCGACGUCUUGGUGUGCGGACAGAGAGAAAGAGAAGUCUCGGGGAGAACACGCGCGUUUUUUGGGUAUGAUGACUUGACUUCUGCCGACUGACGAGAGGCCGCCCGCCGCAGGCACUCGCGAAGCGCAUACUUCAUUACGCUUCUUUUAUUAUUAUUACUACGAGAGAGAAAAAGGAUUGUGCUUUUAUUUCGACAAAUCGUAAUCGAAAGGACGAUUACCACGAAAAGCAACGAGGAAGCAGCAGGAAGUGUUCCGUUCAAGUUUCUUCGCUCCUUCCGGCUUGACGAAUCGAGAGGCGGCUUAAGCCCUCGAUAAAGAUAAGGGAGUGAAAGUUACAAAAAAGAAGAAGAGGAGGAUAUUAUCCACCAAAAGAAUCGACGAGCAGCCACCAACACAACGCGCUAGAAGAAUAAGAAGAGAAGGAUUGAGGAAGGAGAAAAUGUGUCUGAAGAUUUUUAGUGCUUGUGCGUGCUCGACGAAGUCUCGCUGAAUUUUUCACUGUUUUGUUGAAUCUAUCAUUAACACCGAGAAGGAGGAUUGUAUUUCACACGCAUCUCACGUACAUACACACCCUCACGAACCCACAUAACACGAAGUUACGAAUCGUCAUAUCAUUUUUUCGUUACUGAAUCGUUUCGAUCAGGGAAGUCAAGCUGGAAAGCUUGAGUAAAACGCGGCACGAUGAGGCGCCAGCAAUCAUGGGACAUGCAGAAGCAGCAAUACUCGCAGGAGAGGACCGAGACUCAGGUUACGAGGCAGCAGAUUACCCAGCAGAGAGUCCAAGGCGAGAUGAUCGUCCAAACUACGCCCACAGUACCAACAUUUUCGGGUAGACCAGGUGACCCGUCGCCACCAGUAUUCGAACAAAUCUUCAAAAAUGCACGAUUUGCACAAGGUGGCAAUGCUAUAUUCGAGGGUCGCGUCAAGGGUAAUCCAAAACCCGUCGUGUCUUGGACCCACAAGGGCGCACCUCUGCUGGAAACACACAAGAUCCUCAUGUCUUACGACGACAAAACGGGUAAUGUAAAGUUACAGAUAAACCAAAUCGGACCGGGAGACGAAGGAGAGUAUACCUGCCAUGCCAAAAAUCAAUAUGGAGAAGGCAUUUGCUCUGUAUACAUUCAACCUGAAGGUUUUGGACCGCCACCUAUUCAACAACAGGGUAGCUACAAGAAAGAGGUUUCGCGAAGUUAUCAACAGUACACUAAUGGCAGCAACAUCACGACAACUGAGGACUUUAAGGUCGACAUCUUUGAGUACAGGAUUUUGCGUGAAACAGAGUUCCGUGAAUCGAUCACCCGGCGUUACGUCGGUGAGUCAGACUCACAGAUUACGACGGUGGCUGAUCGGAGUCUCGGGCCGGUUGCACCGCCGCAAAUCACGCAAAAGCCUAGAAGCUCAAAGCUUUCGGAAGGGUCCGAGGCUGUUUUCUCUGCCAAGAUAUCAGGAAAUCCGAAACCAAGGUUGACAUGGUUCAAAGAUGGUCAGCGCUUGCGCGGAUCGCAGCACGUUGAAACGAUAUACUCGAAUCAGACGGCCACGCUCAAGAUUCACAAAGUUUCAUCUCAGGACACUGGACACUACUCUCUUCUAACGGAGAAUCCACAAGGCUGUACCGUCAGCUCUGCUUACCUAGCCGUCGAGUCCAAUGAUCAAGUUGACCACGCGCCAGUUCAAUCGAUCCAGAGCAAGGAGGUCAUUACGACCUUCCAAUCUGAAGCUCCCAUUGAGACUCCUGAAAGUGGAAAAAUUCUCGCUCCUAAUUUUGUUCGCACCUGCACUGAUCGCGAUGUCACUGAAGGAAAAAUGACGAGGUUUGACUGCCGCGUAACUGGACGCCCAUACCCCGAGGUCACGUGGUAUAUCAACGGUUUCCCUGUAGCCAACGACGCGACGCACAAAAUUCUGGUCAACGAAAGUGGUAGCAACUCGCUCAUGAUAACAGAUGUUAGUCGAUCUGACGGUGGAGUUGUUACGUGCGUGGCUCGAAACAAGGCUGGCGAAACGUCCUUCCAGUGCAAUCUCAACGUUAUCGAAAAAGAACAAGUUCUGGCUCCGAAAUUCGUUGAAAGAUUUACAACAACAACUGUGAAGGAAGGAGAACCCGUUAGUUUUACAGCUCGAGCAGUUGCUACUCCGCCUCCCCGAAUCACUUGGCAGAAGGAUGGCGUGCCGAUUACGCUCGGCCCCGACGUGCGUAUCACAACGGACGGCAGCGGAGCCUCAACUCUGGAUAUUCCAUUUUCAAAGCUUACCGAUGCUGCAUGGUACCAAUGUACCGCACAAAAUGUUGCUGGCUCUACUGCCACCCGAGCACGCUUAUUUGUCGAAUCACCGAAAGGAGCAGUCCCCGAACCACCAAGACGCCUGAACUUACCUCGACCGACGAAAGUCAUCGAACCUGAACCAGCACCUGGCCCCGAAGUGAUCUACCUAAGACAUGUGGAACGAGCGAAACCAUACUUACCGCCGUCUGAAGAGGAUAGAAUUUAUCCGCCACCACGAUUUAUUAUACCAUUGCGUGAUGCUCACCAGAUCGAGGGUGGACGUAUUCACUUCGAGGCCAGAAUCGAACCGGUGGGAGACCCCACUAUGAGGGUGGAGUGGUAUAUCAAUGGAAGAGCCAUAGAUGCGAGCUCCCGAGCGACUUCCGUUUUCCGAUUUGGAUUCAUUGCUUUAGACUUAAUAAGUAUAGUCAUGGAAGAUAGCGGCGAAUACCUUUGCCGCGUAGUUAGCUCAACAGGAGUAGCUGAAUCUCGAGCCACCCUCAGUGUGACACCACGUGCCACAAUCGAACAAACCAGCCAAAACCCCGACAGUCUUCGUUAUAUCCAACAGCUCGAGGAUUACAGCAAGUACCAAAGGCAGGAGAGCGUUGAGGAGACCUCUUCUCAGCGACCAGUCUUCAUCCGACCGCUCCAGGAUCUAGGAGAGCUACAGGAAGGACGAAAUGCCCACUUUGAGGCACAACUCACUCCUGUAAGCGAUCCCACGAUGAAAGUGGAGUGGUACAAGGAUGGAAGACCAAUCACAGCCAGUUCAAGAAUCACUACCAUCUUCAACUUCGGAUACGUCUCGCUUAAUAUUAUGCACCUACGGAGUGAAGAUGCAGGUUCUUACACAGUGCGGGCUUUGAAUCGCUCAGGAGAGGCCAUCAGUACGGCGUCUCUGCGUGUCUUUGCACGUACUACUAUUACUGCCGAUCUCGGCAUCCCCGAGCAACAAAGAUACAUCGAAGCUGCCGAGGAAUUGGAAGCUUAUCAACAGGCUGCACACCAAAAAUAUGUUCAAGAGCAGCCUGAAAAGAUAGUCCCACCGGUAUUUAAAACACCUAUCAAGGAUCAAAUUAGUAUCCGAGAAGGUGGAUUCGCACAUUAUGAAGCUCAACUCGAACCCGUCGGAGAUGCUUCACUCCGCGUUGAAUGGUUGAAGGAUGGACGUCCCGUUGAAGCUAGUUCACGAAUUACAACUUUCUUCAACUUUGGAUAUGUUGCCCUCACGAUAAAAUACGUUACGAUACAUGACGUUGGAAUCUACACUUGUCGAGCGUACAAUCGUGCUGGGGAAGCGCAUACAACGGCACAAUUGAGUGUCAUCACUAAGAAUGAUAUAAUUUACGAUAGUCAACAUCCAAGCGGACUACAGAAAAUACAAAGCUUGGAAGAUUCUAGUCGAUACUCACGUAAAGUAGAAGAAGAAAAGAUAAUCAAGCAGCCACCAAGAUUCUUGGGACCAUUGAAAGGCACUAACAAGAUUGUUGAAGGGCAAAGAGCUCACUUUGAAGCUCGCGUUGAGCCACAAAGUGAUCUCACUAUGAAGAUCGAAUGGUACCACAACGGCAAACCAAUCACCGCUGCUAACAGAAUUCAAACAUACCACGACUUUGGUUAUGUUGCUAUUGAUAUACUUCAAGUUCGACCAGAAGAUGCAGGAACUUACACGGUUGUUGCAAGAAAUAAUUUAGGAGAAGCCAAACUGUCUGCCACUAUGAUGGUUGAAACUCGCUCCAGCAUUGAUACAAGUAGUAUGCAUCGUGAAGCAUAUGAGAAAACGCAGCGCUUCGAAAAUGCUCCGUUUGUUGAGCCGCAAUAUUACAUAGAAGAGAUAUCAAAAUCAAAACCAAUUUUUGUUCAGCCCUUGAGUGAUCCACCACCAGUUAGCGAGGGUAAAAACAUUCACCUCGAAUGUCGGUUGGAACCUAUGGGUGAUCCAACAAUGCGCGUUGAAUGGUUCCAAAAUGGUAAACCGGUGACUGUAGGUUCAAGAUUUAGAACAUAUUAUGACUUUGGGUUUGUUGCACUUGAUAUUAUUCACACAAGUGCUCUGGAUGCUGGAGAAUACACCGUACGCGCUACUAAUCACCUAGGAUCGGCCCAUACCUCAGCUUGCGUUCGUGUAAUUGGCCGUUCUGAUGUUGUUACUGACACUCAAAAUGAGCAAUCCCUGGAACAAAUUCAAAUGUUGGAGGAUUCAUCACGUUAUAGGAGAACACAACAAGAAGAAGUAACUGUUCAACAAGCUCCACAAUUCACUCGGCCACUUCAUAACAUAGAAACCGUUGAGUUGACAAAUGUUCAUCUGGAAUGCCGUUUGCAACCGGUUGGAGAUGCUUCUAUGCGUGUAGUUUGGCUUGUCAAUGGAAAGCCAGUUAAAACUGGACACCGAUUUAGGCCCUCUUACGAGUUCGAUUAUGUUGCACUUGACAUUCUGGGCGUCUACCCAGACGAUUCGGGUGUAUAUACCUGUCAAGCAUACAAUCAACUUGGUGAAGCUAUAACUUCGUGUUCUGUAAGAGUACAUGCAAAGAAAGACCUCAUUCUCAAAUCGCAACACCCAGAAGGCCUAGAGAGAAUACAAUAUCUGGAAGAUGCUUCAAAAUACAAGAGGCAUGAACUCGUAGAUGAAGUCGUUAAUGUCAAGCCUAGAUUUAUAACGCAUCCAAAGAAUCAGGAAAAUCUCAGAGAAGGACAUAACGCUCAUUUUGAAUGCAAACUUGAGCCAGUAACAGAUUCAAAUUUAAAAGUCGAAUGGUUAAAGAAUGGACGUCCAAUUCAGAUAGGACAUCGAUUCCGUCCAAUCCAUGAUUUUGGUUACGUUGCCUUAGAGGUAAUAGGUGUCAUUGCCGAAGAUUCUGGUGUAUACACAUGCCGAGCUGAAAAUCUCGUUGGAAGGGAUGAGGUGAACUGUACAUUGAACUGUCGUUCUACUGCUCAAAUUUUAACAGAUACGCAAAACGAGUCUGGUCUAGAACAAAUCCACUACCUUGAAGAUAGAUCGAAAUACCAACGCCGAGAAGAUGUUGAAGAAAUAACAACUCAAGCUCCGAUAUUCACAACAUCUUUGAAUAAUGUAGAAAUUAAAGAAGGGCAACGUGCACACUUUGAAUGCAGAUUAAUUCCAGUAUCAGAUGCCACAAUGAAGGUGGAAUGGUUCCAUAAUAAUUUGCCAGUUAAAGCAGGAUCACGUUUUGUUGAAACAAACAGUUUUGGUUUUGUUGCAUUGGAUAUUAUGUAUGCGUAUCCAGAAGAUGCAGGAACGUACACAUGUCGUGCUAGAAAUGCUAUAGGCGAAGCCAUCACUUCGGCAACUGCUGUAGUUCAUUCUAAAAAGUCUAUUUAUCUAGAAACUCAAAAUGAGGAAGCCUUGCAAAAAGUACGUCAACUGGAAGAUCAUUCGCGUUACCAACGUAAGACUGUACAAGAAGAAACAGUCUCGCAAGCUCCAGUAUUUACUAUGCCUAUUAAAGAUUUACAAGUUGCUGAAAAUCAAGCUGCACACUUCGAAGCCCGAGUCAUUCCGGUCGGAGAUUCAAAGCUUGUAGUACAAUGGUUACGUAACGGUGUUCCAAUUUCAGCUUCUAAUCGCAUUACAACUAUGCAUGACUUUGGUUAUGUUGCUCUCAAUAUGAAGUAUGUUACUCCAGAAGAUGCAGGUACCUAUACAUGUAGAGCUGUCAACGAUUUAGGUGAAGCUGUAACAUCUGCUACUCUGUUUGUUCAAUCUAAAGCAGCAUUACAAUUCGAAUCACAACACGAAGGCGCAUUAUCAAAACUUCAAGCCCUCGAAGAUACAAAUAAAUACCAAAGACGUGAAGAAGAAGAUAUUGUAGUUAACGAAAAACCAAGAUUUACCGUUCAAUUGAAUGGACCAACUAACUUAGUUGAAGGUCAAAGCGCACAUUAUGAGUGUCGUAUAGAACCUUAUCCCGAUACGAACUUGAAAGUUGAAUGGUUCCAUAACGGCAAACCACUUUCUACUGGUCAUAGAUACAGAACAGCUUAUGACUUCGGCUUUGCUUCCCUUGACGUUCUGUCAGUUUAUGCUGAAGAUUCUGGUACAUACACUUGUAGAGCCACAAAUAAACUCGGUCAAGAACAAAGUUCAAUAAACCUUGAUGUAAAAUCUCGAGCGUCAAUUAUCCGAGAAACGCAGCACGAAGGAGCUUUAAAGAAAAUACAGUAUCUUGAAGAUGAUUCACGUUACAAACGAACAGAUAGAGAAGAUGUUAUUAUCGCUGAAAAGCCCAAAUUUGGACGUCCACUUAAGAACAUAGAACAUUUGCCUGAAGGUAAAAGUGCUCACUUGGAGGCUACACUGACUCCAGUGAAUGACCCAACAAUGGUAGUUGAGUGGUACAGAGAUGGAAGACCAAUUCCUCAAGGCCACAAAUUCAAAACAACCUAUGACUUUGGAUAUGUUGCCCUUGAUAUUAUGUAUGCUUACCCUGAAGAUUCUGGGACUUACAUGUGUAAAGCUAGAAACGCUGUCGGUGAAGCUGUCACCACUUGCGUCAUUUCUGUUGAUUGUAAGCAAGGUCUAUAUCUCGAUACCCUGGACGCACAACGUCUUGAAAAGAUUCGUCAGCUAGAAACUGUAGAGGUCAAGCAUGUUGUUGAGAAGGAAAUUGUCCAUCAAAAGCCUGUCUUCCUAACUCCACUAAAUAAUCUGGACCAUCUUAAAGAAGGUGAACAUGCCCACUUGGAAUGCCGUGUAGAACCUAUAAACGAUGCCAAUUUGAAAAUAGAAUGGUUUGUUAAUGGUAAAGCUGUAAAAACUGGUCAUCGUUUCCGCACAACGCACGACUUUGGAUAUGUAGCUCUUGAUAUUCUAUACAGCUAUGCUGAAGAUUCUGGUACUUAUAUGUGUAAAGCUACAAAUCUUGCUGGCGAAGCUGUUAAUACAUGCACUAUUAAAGUUGGAUCUCACCGAAGCCUUAUACUUGAUACUCAGCAUCCUGAUGGUUUAGAAAAAAUAAGAGAAUUAGAAGCACAAGGUCGACCAGCUAGAUUGGAAGUUGAAGAACCCCCAGUGUUCCCUCCGAAAUUUGUCACAGAACUUAGAGGAACAACGGAGAUCUAUGAAGGACAAACAGCACAUUUCGAAUGCCAGAUUGAACCAUUACAUGAUGCCAAUUUACGAAUUGAGUUCUUCCACAAUGGUAAACCACUACCAUCUGCAUCUAGAUUCCAUGUCACUUUCGAUUUUGGUUACGUUGCACUUGAUAUAAGCCAUGCAGUACCAGAAGAUGCUGGACAAUAUUCUGUGCGAGCAAUUAACGCUCUUGGACAAUGCGUCUCAUCGAUCGAGCUCAAAGUUAUACCAAAAGAUAAUAUUAUUUUGGAAUCGCAGAGACCAGAAGGAUUAGAUAAGAUACGUGAGCUCGAAUCCCUGCAACCAUGGAAGAGACCAGAUGUUCCUGAGCCUCAAACAAGACAACGACCAGUCUUUACGCAGCCUCUUCAGAAUAUUGAUGCUAUUGCUGAAGGACAAACAGCUCACUUUGAAUGCAGAUUAAUUCCUGUUGGAGAUCCGACACUCAAAGUUGAAUGGUUUAGAAAUGAGAAGCCGCUUGAAACAAGUUCUAGAAUCACCAAAGUUCACGAUUUUGGUUACGUUUCUCUUGAUAUUACCCAUGUUCGCGAAGAAGAUGAAGGUGUUUACAUGUGUCGGGCCUCUAAUCCUUUGGGUGAAGCUGUUACUACUGCUUCUAUGAAAAUCCAAUCGAAAGCAAAUAUUCAACUAGAUACACAACACCCUGAGAGUCAACGAAAAAUAGCUCGUUUAGAAGCUGACAAAGUACCAACACGCGCAGAAGAGCCUGAAAAAGUUUUCGAUAAGCCUAUCUUUACGCAAUUGCUGACUGGCCCAACCGAAUUAUGGGAAGGGCAAAUUGCUCGAUAUGAAUGUCGGGUAGUACCAGUCGGUGAUGCUAGUCUUAGAUUCGAGUGGUAUGUCAAUGGCGUUGAACUAAAAAUGGGCUCUCGGUAUCACGUUAAUCACGACUUUGGAUUCGUCACUCUGGACAUAAUGAAGGUCAUUCCUGAAGAUUCUGGUGUAUAUACUUGUAAAGCUAUCAAUAAUGCAGGUGAGGCUGUAUCUUCGAUCUCAUUAAAAGUAAAGGCAAGAUCUGCUAUAUCUGGCGAUGCUAUUCAACCUGAUGCAUGGAAAAAGAUACAGCUGAAAGAAGCAGAAAUGAACAAAGUUCCGGAAAUGUUUGUUGAUACUACGCCGCAACAAGCACCUGUUUUCACUACUCACUUAAAGAGCUAUGACAAGUUAGUUGAAGGCCAACAUGUUUACUUGGAAGCACAAGUAGAACCCCGUGCUGAUCCAAAUCUUCGCGUCGAAUGGUUCAAGAAUAGCGUUCCUUUACAAAUAGGAACACGGCUGAAGAGCACUUUCGAUUUUGGAUUAGUUUCACUAUCAAUAAAUGGACUUCGUCCAGAUGAUUCUGCAAUUUAUACUUGCAAAGCCACUAACUUACUUGGGGAAGCUGUAUCAACUAGUAGUCUGAAGAUCGCAGAUCGACACUGGCUUUUAGGUGAUACUCUACAUCCAGAUGCUCUUUCUAAAAUUAGUGCUCUUGAACAACCUCCAGAAGGUACCAAAGAACAGCCGGAACCAACGUAUGAAGAACCUGUGUUUAUUAGUCAUUUGAAUAAUGUAGAAUGUACUGAAGGUGAUAAUGUUCACUUUGAAUGCAAUGUUGAGCCAUCUAAAGAUCCAACAAUGAAAAUAGAAUGGUUCCUUAAUGGAAAACCUUUGCCAUAUGGUGCAAGAUAUAAAUCAACUUAUGACUUUGGCUACGUAGCUUUAGAUUUGAAUCAUGCUUACGAGGAAGACUCUGGCGUUAUAACCGUAAAAGCAACGAAUUCCAAGGGUUCUGCUCAAACAUCUGGUACCUUAAAAUGUACUAGUAAGCAGAGUAUUUAUUUGCAAACACAGCAUCCACAAGGGCAAGCAGGUUUAGAAAAAGUCAAGGAAGUAGAUGAUGCAUAUGCUUCGAAGGCCAAGAGAUCAGACAGUGGACCAGAAAAAGAAUAUCCUAAACCUAUUUGGACAGUUCCACUUCAACCUGAAUUCAAACUGGGAGAAGCUGAGCCACUACAUUUGGAAGGACAAGUAGAACCGAAAGAUGAUCCAAAUCUCAAGAUCGAAUGGUACUUCAAUGGCAAAAUAUUGCAGCAUGGAGCAAGAUUCAAAAUGACAUGUGAUUUCGGCUUUGUAACUUUAGAUUUGACUGAUGUUUAUGACAGAGAUUCUGGAAUUUACACAUGUAAAGCAUACAACAAAGCCGGUGAAGCGUUCACUUCAUCAACUAUUUAUUGCUCGACCAAAGAAAAUGUCAUUGAACGCUCUCAACAUCCAAAAGGAAAAGAAGGUCUUGAAGCUAUUCAAGAUUUAGAAGAAUCUUUGAGAAAACAACCAGGUGCUGCUCCAGAAAGUGAGGGCGGACACGCACCAUCUUUCACUUCCCAAUCCGAUAACCUUUCGAAUUUGUCUGAGGGAGAACUCGCUCAUUUCGAAGCAACUCUUAUUCCAACUGGAGAUCAAACAAUGGUCGUUGAAUGGUUCUUCAAUGAAAAUCAGAUUGAAGCAAGUCAUCGUAUUCGUACUGUUUAUGCAUUUGGAACAGUUGUUCUUGAAGUUCUUGGCACGAAGAUAGAAGAUUCCGGAACUUAUACCUGUAGAGCAACUAAUAAAUGGGGCAAAGCCGAAAUUAGCUUGACUUUGGAGUGUAUUGACAAAUCAAUGGGUCAAAAACCAAGAUUCACGACCCAAAUUCAAUCUUUGGAAGGUCUUAAAGAUAAUCAAUCUGCUCACUUUCAAUGCACUUUAAUACCUGUCGGAGAUCCAAACAUGAAAGUCGAAUGGUUCCACAACGGACAACCAUUGCGUCAUUCAUCACGUUUCAAGAUGGUAUCAGACUUUGGAUUCGUAGUCAUGGAUAUUGCAGGUGUUAUGUCGCAUGAUUCUGGUGAAUACGUAUGCAAAGCAAGUAAUAAAUACGGUGAAGACUAUACAAAAGCUACGAUUAAGUGCUUCGGUAAAAGCGGCGUUUAUCUUGAUUCACUACAACCGGAUUCUUUAGCAAAAAUUAGAGAAUUAGAGGCAUUCACCGGGGAACAAUAUGCAGCGCCAGUAGCUCCAGUGGCUGAACCUCCUAAAUUCAUUACGCAAAUAACUGACAUCACGAAAUUAGUAGAAGGUCAAUCAGCUCACUUCGAAGCUAGGUUAACACCUGUAACAGAUCCUGAUUUGAAAAUCGAGUGGUAUUACAACGGCAAAAAAUUGCCUCAAGGUCACCGAUACCGCACGUUCCACGAUUUUGGAAUUGUUAUUCUUGAUAUACUGUAUUGUUAUGAGGAAAAUUCUGGUGAAUACGAAUGCAGAGCAGUUAAUAAAUAUGGUCAAGACUCUACAAAAGCAACCUUACGUUGUUUGUCAAAGGCUAAUUUGAUAUUGGAGUCACAGUUGCCUAAAGGUAUGGAAGGAGGCUUGGAAAAAAUACAAACACUGGAAGAUGCUAUGAUUAAGACCCGUGAGGAAAAGGUUACAGAAACUAAGGGCAAAGCUCCAGUAUUUACUGUUCCACUUAGCAACUUAGAUGGCCUACGUGAAGGAGAAAGCGCCCACUUUGAAGCUCGUUUAACACCAACUGAUGAUCCGAAAUUAAAGGUGGAAUGGUUCUGGAAUGGCAAACCAUUAAGAACUGGUACUCGAUUCCGAACAUUCUGCGAUUUUGGAUUUGUGAUUCUUGAAAUAUCGCCUAUUUAUCCAGAAGAUUCUGGGGAAUAUAGUUGCCGAGCAACUAAUGAUUACGGUGAGGCAGUAACAACAUGCUCCAUGAAAUGUACAGGAAAGCGUAGUAUUAUUUUAGAAUCACAGUUGCCUAAAGGAAUGGAGGGAACAAUUGAUAAGAUCGCUGAAUUAGAAGGACUUGGUGCAGAACCUGGUCAACCUAGUCCCGAUGACGACACGGGAAAACCACCAGAAUUCAUUACUACUCCAUCAGAUUUGACGCUUUCUGAAAAUUCUCUUGCUCAUUUCGAAUGCAGAUUACAACCUGUUAACGAUUCUAGCAUGAGAGUCGAAUGGUUCCACAAUGGUAAACCUUUGUUAGCUGGAUCAAGAGUUAAAACCAUCUAUGAUUUCGGUUUUGUAAUUCUUGAAGUUGCAAACUGCUACCAACGGGAUUCCGGCCUAUAUACUUGUAAAGCAGUUAAUAGACACGGAGAAGCAACUGUUAAUUGCAAACUUCAAGUUCGAGGUAGGCAAGGAAUUAUUCUUGAACCUCAGCUUCCAAAUAACUUUAAAACUGGAACGGAAAGCAUUCAAAAGCUUGAAGAAUCACUUUAUAAAAAAGAUGAGAUCUUACCCGAAGAAGAAAAACCCAGUCCACCAAGAUUCAUAGUUGAAUUGAAAAACAUAGAAGUUAACGAAAGUGAAUCAAGUCAUUUCGAUUGCCGAGUUGAGCCUACAGGAGACUCGACAAUGCGAAUCGAUUGGUACCAUAAUGGAAGACCAUUUGCUACUGGAUCUAGAGUACAUCAAAUUAAUGACUUUGGAUUCAUUUCAUUAGAUCUAUCAUAUACUUAUGCAAGAGAUAGCGGUGAAUACGUUUGCAGAGCUACGAAUAAAUGGGGUUCAGCUAUCACAAAGGCUACUAUUACUUGUACAUCUAAAAAAUCUAUUGAUUUUGAUUCUCAACUGCCAUCUGGCAUGAGUGGAGAAAAAUUGAAAGAAUUAGAACGUGGGCCAGUAUCAGUAGCACCACCACCUGAAGCUCCCCGUCAACCACCAAGAUUUAUUACCCAGAUCAAAUCUUUUACUGUCGAUGAAAAUGAACCAGUAAGAUUUGAAUGCCAAGUCGAACCGAAAGACGAUCCUAAUCUGCGCAUAGAAUGGUACAGAAAUGGAAAACUUAUACCAGCAGGUCACAGAUACCGGACUGUAUAUGACAUGGGAUUUGUGUCGAUGGAUAUUUUGUACGUUUAUCCGGAAGACUCUGGAGAAUACGUUUGCAAAGCUAUCAAUGAUCUUGGAGAAGACACAACCCGUGCCUCUGUCUCUUGCAAACAGCAACCAAGUAUCAUCCUACAAAAUCAAGUACCAAAAGGUAUGAAGAAAUCGGAAACUCUGAUGCAAAUGGAAGCUACUAUUAAGAAAUACACUUCAGAAGUACAUCUCACGGAGGACGAUUUGUAUGAUGCUGAGAAAAAACAGCCUCCAAGAUUUGUGACACAAAUCACAGAUCAAGUGGAUCUCGUUGAAAUGAACAGUACCAAAUUUGAGUGUCAAUUAGCUCCAGUGGGUGAUCCUAACAUGAGAGUUGAAUGGUUCUUAAAUGGCAAACCACUGCUGCACAAAAAUAGAUUCAAUACAAUAUACGAUUUUGGAUAUGUUGCACUAAGCUUUGGAUGGGUAUAUCCAGAAGAUAGUGGAGAAUACGUGUGCAGAGCAACUAAUUUAUAUGGCAUGGAUGAGACUAAAGCAAUUAUUAGAACAGCAGGAAAACCAGGUAUUAUUUAUGACUCUCAACUACCAAAAGGAAUGAAGAGCAUUGAAAAGAUUCGUGAGAUGGAAGCUGCGUGGCAAGUUGUCCCUGAGGAGGAAACCGAAGUGGAGAAAGUUCGAUCACCACCUACCUUCGUUAGUAAACCAGAACCUUUCACAGUUGAGGAAGGAGACUGGUCCAGAUUCUGUUGCCGAGUUACUGGUCACCCCAGACCUCGUGUUAUGUGGUUAAUUAAUGGUCAUACAGUAGUAAGCGGCUCUCGGUAUAAAUUGACUUAUGAUGGUAUGUAUCAUUUGGACAUACCUAAAACCAGACAGUACGACAAUGGAAAAGUUGAGGUUAUUGCAAGAAGUUCAGUUGGUGAAGCACGAACGGAAACCACGCUCACCGUCAAACCCCGUAGUGAUGAUUAUCGUGGGGUUCUAAAAACAUCACCUAAGCCAUGGUAUGACUAUGAACUAACGCAAUAUCAGGCAGAAAGGCAAGAGACCGAAUUAGAGCGCGUGUUCGAUGAAAGAACACAUAGCCUUUCGCAAGGUACUAAUAUAGCAACGGAGCAUCUUGGCCAAAAAGUAAUUAAAGAACCAGAAACAGAAUGGCAGAAGUCUAUUAAAUCAAAGAAAAAUGAAGAUUACUAUACUAAAUUAAUGAGUCUUGAAGAAGAGCAAAUACUCAAAGAAUCAAGGUUAAGAGAAUCAUCCCAUCAAUUUGCAAUUCCAGGAGAUAAAAUUGUGAACAAUUCUAUCGCUAAAGGAAUGGCUCAAAAGUACCACGAAAAUCUAGAAACACAGCCUCAAGAGCCUGCUCAACCACCUCCUAAAAUCAGUAAAAAAUUCACAACUCAAGUAGAUAUUGAUUCUCAGCAACACAAAGGGCCGAAAUAUCCACCUGAACCAUCGGAAUCCACUGUUCAUGGACGUGAAGUUCAUGUGGCCAAACAAAAGCAAACUCAGAAAGAAGUUAAGGAUGACGUGGAAAUAACAAGAAAAAUAACGGCCACUGAGACAACAGAAGUUGAGCACAAAGCCAAGACUCAAGAACGUGUUGUUCAAGGACAAGUCAAGCCCUCGAAACCACCUGUAUUCACUAAAAAAAUUCAACCAUGUCGUGCUUUCGAACAAGAGCAGGCUAAAUUUGAAGUUGAAUUUGAUGGCGAUCCUUUACCCACAAUCAAAUGGUAUCGCGAAGAUUUUCCUAUCAUAAACUCAGCAGAUCUGCAAAUUUACACUUUUAGUACAAAAUCUAUAUUGGUGAUACGACAAGUCUUUAUGGAAGAUUCAGGAGUGUUUUCGGUUAUUGCUGAAAAUAGAGGUGGAAAAGCAAAAUGCAGUGCUAAUCUUGUUGUUGAAGAAAGACGAAGACAGCCAGGCAGGGGAGGAAUUAUACCUCCAAGUUUCAUUACUACUGUACAAAGCACCACGGUAACCAGUGGCCAGUUGGCAAGAUUCGAUGCAAAAGUUACUGGUACUAAGCCAAUUGAUGUAUACUGGUUAAAGAAUGGAAAGAAAAUCAGUCCUGAUAUUCGCUACAAAACUCUUGAAGAAGAUAAUAUCUAUACUCUUUUGAUCUUGGAGAGUGUCGUCGAAGAUACAGGAAAAUAUGAAUGUGUUGCCAUAAAUAGUGCUGGUGAGGCCCGUUGCGAAGCCGAGUGUAUUGUGCGCCAGCCUCAGCAACCAACAAAAACUGCUAAGCCAUCGCCUAGUGACAUAGAAAAAGUCCCAACAGUAUUACAACCAUUAAGAGAUCAAACUAUUAAAGAAGGAACAUCCGUUGCCUUCUCCUGCAGAAUAAGUGGCAAACCAAUACCAACUAUUCAAUGGAAAAAAGCAGAUAAGAUUAUCAAACCAUCCAAGUACUUCCAGAUGCAAAAAGAAGUGGACCUUUGCACGUUAAGGAUUUCAGAAGCAUUCCCAGAAGAUGAAGGUGUAUACAAAUGUAUCGCUAAAAACUCCGCUGGAGAAGUAACUACAUCGGCCAAUCUUAAAGUACUUGCUCCUGACCAGACUGAUGUAUUACCAAAGCUGACUCCAUUAAAGGAUCAAAUCGUUUUAGAAGGGCAACCUGCCCAAUUUAAAACCCAAGUAUCCCCUGCCAAACCGAAACCGACUAUUCAGUGGUAUCGCGAAGGAGCCCUUAUUCCUGAAUCGCCGGAUUUCCAGAUGAUUCACGAAGGCAAUAAUGCUGUGCUUCUUAUCGCGACCACUUACGAAGAGGAUACGGGUACAUUUACGUGCCGUGCAACAACUUCAGCAGGAACUGUAGAAUCAUCGGCAAAACUCAUCGUUAAAAAGAGAAAGGGUGUGUACUAUGAAACUUUAGUUCCCGAAACUGAUAGUUCGAAAACUCAAGGAUUAAAACCUAUAGAUAAACUUAAAUUUGGAUCGAUUGUUGAUGAGAACACAGUUAAAGAACUAUCAAAAAAUAUUAUUGAAUUAGAUGAGGAGGGACUACCAAUUGGUACAGCUUUACAACCUGGAGAUGAAACUCUACCAUGGCGUAAGGGUCGAGUACAUCACAGGCCUCGGCCAUUGCUAUCGUCUCCAUGGAGGAAAGUAAAACCGCGGCCUCGUGAUUCAUCUAUUGAUAUACCACAGCAAAUUGCCAUAGUCGAUGCUGUCAAACCGUGGAUUGAAGAAGAAGUUGUGUUAAAAAAAGCUCCACAAAUACCUAAAGAAAUACCAAAAGAAAAAAUAGAAGAAGUCGAGUUGCGACCAGCAAAGACAGAAAAACGAGAAAUUAGAAGAGAAAGCAUUCAGUAUGUGGAUUUGAAACCGACACCCAAAGAAAUUUGUAGAGAUGAAUUAAUUUUACAAAAACUGUUAGCCGAGGGAAUUGAUAUCGAACAAUACUAUGAACAAGCAGACAGUACCCAUCUGGAUGUUAAAUCAAAAACAACAGAAGAACAAUCAUGGAAGAAAGAAAACAUUAUUUUAAAAUCCACCAAACCACAGAAGAAACCAGUUGUGAGAGAAACUUUAGAAGAAGUUGUACUUAAACCAAUCGAUUCAAAAAAGACAGAAAUAGAAGAAUAUACUGAAAAAGAAGAUUCACAAAUAUUAAGUAUUAAAAAAUAUAUUACAGAGAAUGAACUGCAGCCUCAAAAACCUAGACCUUGGAAUGAAGAAAAUAUAAGUUUAAAAAAGGCAAUAACAGAAAAGAAAGAAAUAAGCAAACCAGUAUUAGAACAAAUAGAAUUAAAACCAACAGACAAAAUAGUGGAAGAUUUCACAAAAAUCCAUCUAGAACAAAACACCAAGGCUGAUAAAAAUAAAAAAUUUGACCAACAAAAAGUAAUAGAUCAAGUUACACCCUGGACAGAAGAAAGCAUAAAAUUAAAGCCAACACAGACCAAACAACUACAGAAAAACUUACCGUAUCAAGAAAUAGAAGAUAUACAACGGUUGCAAAUUCAAACUAAUGAAAUAAUUGAAGAAAAUGUAAAAGCAAUUUUAAAGACCAAGAUCAUUACAAAAGACGAAAAAGUCGUAGAAGAGAAAGAGGUAGAAGAAACUAAGGUAUCCUGGCGUCGGGGCAAGAAAACGCCAAAAGAAAAGAAACCAAUUCAUGAAACUACAGCUGAAUUGGAGGUCAAAGAGCAGCCUAAUACGGUGCUAGUUCCGAAACAGGUUAUUGAAGAAAAACCAGCGGAGAAGCCAGAGGAUGAAACAAUAUUGCCAUGGGUGAGAGGCAAGAAAAUCCCCAAGAAGGUAGAACAAAAAGUCGAAGAGGUUGAGGACAUUACAUCUGUUGUUCUGAAACCGACGAAACGUGGACCAAAACCAGACGAAGAGAAACACGAUGAAGUUGCUCUUAAACCUAUUGAGAAAGCACCAAGAGAGAUUAAAGAGAAGGAAGAAGUUUCUUUAAAACCUAUUCCAAAGAACGCACCGGAGGAAAUCAAGAAACAAUUAGAAGGCAAGAUUAUUACGAGAGACGAAAAAGUUGUAGAAGAGGAAGUGGUUGAAGAAGCUAAGGUAUCCUGGCGUCGUGGCAAGAAAACGCCAAAAGAAAAGAAACCAAUUCAUGAAACUACAGCUGAAUUGGAGGUCAAAGAGCAGCCUGAUACGGUGCUAGUUCCUAAACAGGUUAUUGAAGAAAAACCUGCGGAGAAGCCAGAGGAUGAAACGAUAUUGCCAUGGGUGAGAGGCAAGAAAACCCCCAAGAAGGUAGAACAGAAAGUCGAGGAAGUUGAGGACAUUACAUCUGUUGUUCUAAAACCGACAAAACGUGGACUAAAACCAGAAGAACAGAAACAGGAGGAAGUAGCUCUUAAACCUGUUAAGAAAACACCAAGAGAGAUUAAAGAGAAGGAAGAAGUUUCUUUAAAACCUAUUCCAAAGAACGCACCGGAGGAAAUCAAGAAACAAUUAGAAGGCAAGAUUAUUACGAGAGACGAAAAAGUUGUAGAAGAGGAAGUAGUUGAAGAAGCUAAGGUAUCCUGGCGUCGUGGCAAGAAAACGCCAAAAGAAAAGAAACCAAUUCAUGAAACUACAGCUGAAUUGGAGGUCAAAGAGCAGCCUGAUACGGUGCUAGUUCCUAAACAGGUUAUUGAAGAAAAACCUGCGGAGAAGCCAGAGGAUGAAACGAUAUUGCCAUGGGUGAGAGGCAAGAAAACACCCAAGAAGGUAGAACAGAAAGUCGAGGAGGUUGAGGACAUUACAUCUGUUGUUCUGAAACCGACGAAACGUGGACCAAAACCAGACGAAGAGAAACACGAUGAAGUUGCUCUUAAACCUAUUGAGAAAGCACCAAGAGAGAUUAAAGAGAAGGAAGAAGUUUCUUUAAAACCUAUUCCAAAGAACGCACCGGAGGAAAUCAAGAAACAAUUAGAAGGCAAGAUUAUUACGAGAGACGAAAAAGUUGUAGAAGAGGAAGUGGUUGAAGAAGCUAAGGUAUCCUGGCGCCGUGGCAAGAAAACGCCAAAAGAAAAGAAACCAAUUCAUGAAACUACAGCUGAAUUGGAGGUCAAAGAGCAGCCUGAUACGGUGCUAGUUCCUAAACAGGUUAUUGAAGAAAAACCUGCGGAGAAGCCAGAGGAUGAAACGAUAUUGCCAUGGGUGAGAGGCAAGAAAACCCCCAAGAAGGUAGAACAGAAAGUCGAGGAAGUUGAGGACAUUACAUCUGUUGUUCUAAAACCGACAAAACGUGGACCAAAACCAGACGCAGAGAAACACGAUGAAGUUGCUCUUAAACCUGUUAAGAAAACACCAAGAGAGAUUAAAGAGAAGGAAGAAGUUUCUUUAAAACCUAUUCCAAAGAACGCACCGGAGGAAAUCAAGAAACAAUUAGAAGGCAAGAUUAUUACGAGAGACGAAAAAGUUGUAGAAGAGGAAGUGGUUGAAGAAGCUAAGGUAUCCUGGCGUCGUGGCAAGAAAACGCCAAAAGAAAAGAAACCAAUUCAUGAAACUACAGCUGAAUUGGAGGUCAAAGAGCAGCCUGAUACGGUGCUAGUUCCUAAACAGGUUAUUGAAGAAAAACCUGCGGAGAAGCCAGAGGAUGAAACGAUAUUGCCAUGGGUGAGAGGCAAGAAAACCCCCAAGAAGGUAGAACAGAAAGUCGAGGAAGUUGAGGACAUUACAUCUGUUGUUCUAAAACCGACAAAACGUGGACUAAAACCAGAAGAACAGAAACAGGAGGAAGUAGCUCUUAAACCUGUUAAGAAAACACCAAGAGAGAUUAAAGAGAAGGAAGAAGUUUCUUUAAAACCUAUUCCAAAGAACGCACCGGAGGAAAUCAAGAAACAAUUAGAAGGCAAGAUUAUUACGAGAGACGAAAAAGUUGUAGAAGAGGAAGUAGUUGAAGAAGCUAAGGUAUCCUGGCGUCGUGGCAAGAAAACGCCAAAAGAAAAGAAACCAAUUCAUGAAACUACAGCUGAAUUGGAGGUCAAAGAGCAGCCUGAUACGGUGCUAGUUCCUAAACAGGUUAUUGAAGAAAAACCUGCGGAGAAGCCAGAGGAUGAAACGAUAUUGCCAUGGGUGAGAGGCAAGAAAACACCCAAGAAGGUAGAACAGAAAGUCGAGGAGGUUGAGGACAUUACAUCUGUUGUUCUGAAACCGACGAAACGUGGACCAAAACCAGACGAAGAGAAACACGAUGAAGUUGCUCUUAAACCUAUUGAGAAAGCACCAAGAGAGAUUAAAGAGAAGGAAGAAGUUUCUUUAAAACCUAUUCCAAAGAACGCACCGGAGGAAAUCAAGAAACAAUUAGAAGGCAAGAUUAUUACGAGAGACGAAAAAGUUGUAGAAGAGGAAGUGGUUGAAGAAGCUAAGGUAUCCUGGCGCCGUGGCAAGAAAACGCCAAAAGAAAAGAAACCAAUUCAUGAAACUACAGCUGAAUUGGAGGUCAAAGAGCAGCCUGAUACGGUGCUAGUUCCUAAACAGGUUAUUGAAGAAAAACCUGCGGAGAAGCCAGAGGAUGAAACGAUAUUGCCAUGGGUGAGAGGCAAGAAAACCCCCAAGAAGGUAGAACAGAAAGUCGAGGAAGUUGAGGACAUUACAUCUGUUGUUCUAAAACCGACAAAACGUGGACCAAAACCAGACGCAGAGAAACACGAUGAAGUUGCUCUUAAACCUGUUAAGAAAACACCAAGAGAGAUUAAAGAGAAGGAAGAAGUUUCUUUAAAACCUAUUCCAAAGAACGCACCGGAGGAAAUCAAGAAACAAUUAGAAGGCGAGAUUAUUACGAGAGACGAAAAAGUUUUAGAAAAGGAAGUGGUAGAAGAGACUAAGGUAUCCUGGCGUCGUGGCAAGAAAACGCCAAAAGAAAAGAAACCAAUUCAUGAAACUACAGCUGAAUUGGAGGUCAAAGAGCAGUCUUAUACGGUGCUAGUUCCUAAACAGGUUAUUGAAGAAAAUCCUGCGGAGAAGCCAGAGGAUGAAACGAUAUUGCCAUGGGUGAGAGGCAAGAAAACCCCCAAGAAGGUAGAACAGAAAGUCGAGGAAGUUGAGGACAUUACAUCUGUUAUUCUAAAACCGACAAAACGUGGACUAAAACCAGAAGAACAGAAACAGGAGGAAGUUGCUCUUAAACCUGUUAAGAAAACACCAAGAGCGAUUAAAGAGAAGGAAGAAGUUUCUUUAAAACCUAUUCCAAAGAACGCACCGGAGGAAAUCAAGAAAAAAUUAGAAGGCGAGAUUAUUACGAGAGACGAAAAAGUUGUAGAAGAGGAAGUAGUUGAAGAAGCUAAGGUAUCCUGGCGUCGUGGCAAGAAAACGCCAAAAGAAAAGAAACCAAUUCAUGAAACUACAGCUGAAUUGGAGGUCAAAGAGCAGCCUGAUACGGUGCUAGUUCCUAAACAGGUUAUUGAAGAAAAACCUGCGGAGAAGCCAGAGGAUGAAACGAUAUUGCCAUGGGUGAGAGACAAGAAAACCCCCAAGAAGGUAGAACAGAAAGUCGAGGAAGUUGAGGACAUUACAUCUGUUGUUCUAAAACCGACAAAACGUGGACUAAAACCAGAAGAACAGAAACAGGAGGAAGUAGCUCUUAAACCUGUUAAGAAAACACCAAGAGAGAUUAAAGAGAAGGAAGAAGUUUCUUUAAAACCUAUUCCAAAGAACGUACCGGAGGAAAUCAAGAUACAAUUAGAAGGCGAGAUUAUUACGAGAGACGAAAAAGUUGUAGAAGAGGAAGUAGUUGAAGAAGCUAAGGUAUUCUGGCGUCGUGGCAAGAAAACGCCAAAAGAAAAGAAACCAAUUCAUGAAACUACAGCUGAAUUGGAGGUCAAAGAGCAGCCUGAUACGGUGCUAUUUCCUAAACAGGUUAUUGAAGAAAAACCUGCGGAGAAGCCAGAGGAUGAAACGAUAUUGCCAUGGGUGAGAGGCAAGAAAACCCCCAAGAAGGUAGAACAGAAAGUCGAGGAAGUUGAGGACAUUACAUCUGUUGUUCUAAAACCGACAAAACGUGGACUAAAACCAGAAGAACAGAAACAGGAGGAAGUAGCUCUUAAACCUGUUAAGAAAACACCAAGAGAGAUUAAAGAGAAGGAAGAAGUUUCUUUAAAACCUAUUCCAAAGAACGUACCGGAGGAAAUCAAGAUACAAUUAGAAGGCGAGAUUAUUACGAGAGACGAAAAAGUUUUAGAAAAGGAAGUGGUAGAAGAGACUAAGGUAUCCUGGCGUCGUGGCAAUAAAACGCCAAAAGAAAAGAAACCAAUUCAUGAAACUACAGCUGAAUUGGAGGUCAAAGAGCAGCCUGAUACGGUGCUAGUUCCUAAACAGGUUAUUGAAGAAAAACCUGCGGAGAAGCCAGAGGAUGAAACGAUAUUGCCAUGGGUGAGAGGCAAGAAAACCCCCAAGAAGGUAGAACAGAAAGUCGAGGAGGUUGAGGACAUUACAUCUGUUGUUCUGAAACCGACGAAACGUGGACCAAAACCAGACGAAGAGAAACACGAUGAAGUUGCUCUUAAACCUAUUGAGAAAGCACCAAGAGAGAUUAAAGAGAAGGAAGAAGUUUCUUUAAAACCUAUUCCAAAGAACGCACCGGAGGAAAUCAAGAAACAAUUAGAAGGCAAGAUUAUUACGAGAGACGAAAAAGUUGUAGAAGAGGAAGUGGUUGAAGAAGCUAAGGUAUCCUGGCGUCGUGGCAAGAAAACGCCAAAAGAAAAGAAACCAAUUCAUGAAACUAUAGCUGAAUUGGAGGUUGAAGAGCAGCCUGAUACGGAGCUGGUUCCUAAACAGGUCAUUCAAGAAAAACCUGUAGUAAAGCCUGAAAAAGAACCAAAACUGCCAGCGGUGAGAGGCCCAAAAGUUCGUAAACCUGAAGAUAAAAAAGAACGAAGCCGAAAAGUAGUUGAUUUUGAGGAAACUGUAACUGUAUUACCAAUUGAGCAUCCGGAAUCAGUUAUAGAAUCUCCUGUUGAGAAUCUUAUUACCGAAACAAUAACAGAUAUAUGCGAUAUUGAUGAUGAAUAUGUAAAAGAUGAUAAGGUUGUAUUGGAAAAGAGACGUAAAUCAAGAACGCGAACUCAAAUUGAUAUUUCAAUUAUGGAUAAAGAAAAAACUAUUGCCCCUAGAUUUAUUCAAAAGUUACAACCUGUUAUAGCUGAACCUAAUUCAGUAGCUAAAUUCACUUGUACAGUAGUUGGAAAUCCUACUCCGAAAAUUACUUGGUAUAAAAAUGAGCAAGAGCUGCAUUCUACUGAAAAAUUCACGAUGAUUAAUGUUGAAACAACUGCUACUUUGGAAAUUGUGGAAGUUAAUGAAGAAGAUGUUGGGAUGUACACAUGUAGAGCUUCAAACCCUGCAGGUGUUGCAACUUCAACAGUGAAUCUCGUUAUUUUCGAAAAAGAAGAAGAAGGUAUUGCUCCUCACUUUUUGUACCCAAUAAAACCCUUGAUGGUGGAAGAAAAUACACCAGCAAUCUUAGAAUGUAUAGUUAAUGGAACACCAAUUCCGGAAAUAAAAUGGUACCGUGACGAAAAUGAAAUUGUACCAGAAGAAGGUAAAAUUGAGAUUAGUUUUGUGCCAGAAACCUGCGCAUCUAAAUUGACUAUUUUAGAACCAACGGUAGAAGAUGAAACAAUUUACCGAGUACGAGCUAUUAAUAAAUUUGGAAAGGCUGAGUGCAGAGCAAAUCUUCUUAUCAAUAACGCAGCUGUAGUAACUCAACCUGAAGUACUUUAUGCCCCUAAAAUUACACGGCCUUUACCUGCAGUUGUAGCUCAACGUGGAAAAUCAUUACUACUGACAGUUGAAUUUGAGAGUGACAGUCAACCAGAAGUUAAAUGGUUUAAAAAUAAUGUUGAAAUUAAAUCAUCUCCAGACAAAAUAAUUAAAUUAUACAAAAAUACUGCUGAAUUGUAUAUGCCAGAAACAAAGAAGAAAGAUGCAGGUAAAUAUGAAGUUCGUGUACAAAAUACUAUUGGAGAAGCCCGAAGCUCUGGUUCGGUAUCGGUAAAGAAUGAAGAAGAUGUAACCGAAGCUAAAGCACCUAGAUUUAUUCAACCCAUUCAACCACAAAUUGUAGCUGAAGGUGAAGUUGUAAUAAUGGAAUCAACAGUGGAAUCAUACCCAACGGCAUCAUUCCAGUGGUUUUAUGAAAACAAUCCUCUUGAAACAUCACAUGAAAUACGCAUUGUAACCAAAGAUAAUAAAUCGGUGCUCAUGAUUAAAGAGGUUAAACCAGAAUUUUCUGGGACUUAUACUUGUCGAGCUGAAAAUGUCGCCGGAUCGGUCACAAGUACAGCAACUGUGGAUCUGGAAGAAAUACCAUGGGAAAAAACAAUAGAAUUAGUGUCACCAACUUUCGUUAAAAGACUUUCCCCUAUUCGAGUUAUGGAUGGAGAAAGUGUAAACAUGAUAUGCGUGGUUCAUGGUAAACCCAUUCCAAAGGUUGAAUGGUUCCAUGAUAACAAGCCAAUCAAAGAAGGCAAACAAAUCACAAUAUGUCAGGAUUCCGAAGGCAUUUGUAAUUUGGCAAUAAAUGAAGUAUUCCCCGAAGACGCUGGGGAAUAUACAUGUCAAGCAAUAAAUCAAGUUGGUGAGGCUGUCUGUAGUACAUCGUUGAUUGUCGAAGCAUAUGAGUACGUUCCGGAUUCAGAAAUAGCAUCUUCAGCUAUUGCAACAUCGCUCAUUACUGGACAAAGCGGGUCUGAAGAGGAUCUCUUGUCCCCUAAGGAGACACCAUUAGAAUCUGAUACAGAAGAUUUCGCACCAGAAAUAGUAAAACAACUUCCGCAAUUAAUUCCAACAAAGGACGGUGAGCUCACUCGAUUGGAAGUCAAAGUAAAAGGAAAACCGAAACCUGAGAACAAAUGGUAUAAGCAAGGCUUGGAAAUUCGACCAUCCAAAGAGUUUCAAAUUGAAGAACUUGAAGAUGGAACAUCUAUUCUCACAAUAACCGAAACUUACCCUGACGAUACCGGUGAAAUAGUUUUUGAAGCACACAAUUCUCUUGGAGUAUCAACUACAACCACGUAUUUAUCCGUAGAAGGUAUUGUUGGAACAAAAGAAUAUCGAAAACCAGAAUGGGUAACGCAAAUGGAAGAAAUGCAAGAAGCUCUUCGAGCUACACAAUCAGUACCUCGCUUUAUUCAAGAAUUUACUGAUACUUACACUACAGAAGGAGAAACAAUUGUGUUGGAAUGUAUAUAUUCUGGAAAUCCUGUACCAGAUAUUGUUUGGUUCAAAAAUGACAAAAUUAUUCUAAAUCACGAUAAUAUCAAGAUUAAAGUUUUUGAGGAUGAGAAGAAAACAUCAUUGAUAAUAAAUGAAGUUACCCAUGAAGAUGCGGGAGUUUAUGUUUGCAAAGCAACAAGUGAUAUUGGAUUGGCUACAACUAAAGCUAAAUUACAAGUCACCGAUUCGCUUGGAAGACCAUCAAAGACGACAGACGAUACCGAAGUUGAAGAAAGUAUUCCAGAACAAAUAGAAAAGCCACAUAAGAAAAAGAAGCCAGAAGUUAAAAAAGCAAAAGAAAUAAAGGAAAAAAUCAAAUCAGAACGGAUUAAGACUGAUAAAAAGAGUAUCACCAAAGAAAAAGGAACCCCUAAAGAACAGCCAGAAGAGAAGAAUAUUGUAGUAGAAAGUCUCGAAACUCAGAUAUUAAAUAAUACGGAAUCUAUUGAGGAAAAACCAAGAAAGUUAUCAAGAGCCAAGAAAAUAAUUCCUGUUCAAGAAUCAGUAAUAACAGAAGCAACACCAAGUUUAAAAAAGGUAGAUGAAAAGCAACGUGAUUUAAUACCAAAAUUGGAUGAAAUAGCUAAAGCAAUCGUUGAGGAACAACAAGGCAUCGUUGUAUCAGAAACAACAUCUGAAGAUAUAGCUUCUGAUUUCGUAGUUGAAUCAGUUCUAGACCAAGCACGAAUAACUUCUGAAACCUUCGAAACUGUUUCCGUAUCCGAAGUUCACACCGAGACUGAUGUGCGCGAAAUUAGGAGACGGAAGAAAAAACCUGAAAAGACUAAAAUAACGCAGAAAGAUCAAAUCAGCGAAGUACGUGUUGAACAAAUUAUUGAAGAACAAGAGAAGAAUAUUGCACAGGAAGUUGAAGAAAUUAUGGAAAUGCUUAAUGCACCCGAAUUUGGACCAGGAGAACAACCACUUCGAGAAUUAGCGACUAUUGGAUAUUUAGUACGACAUGGAAUCACUGUUUAUGAAAUCAAUGAAAGUUUAUACAGAACCGACAAGUUUCCUGCACUGAAGACUCCAGAUGCACAAAAUGCUUUAGUCCAGCUUGUCGAGAGAAAAGGUCAUGGGCCGUUAAUAACUCAAGUGCUUACCGAAGAAACUACAACUGAUGAAAGUAUCGUAGCGGCAACCGUUGGUUUCAGAGCUUUCAUGAAAAUGGUAGAAUUGCAACACGCAACUGUAGAAGAAAUAAUAACCCACUUUACUCCAGAAGACUUUAGGCCUCGAGCUUGGGAAGUCACUGAAGCAACAGAGCAUGUUGAAAUUGAUCAAACUGCAACCGAAAAAGUUGAAAUUAUUCAUAAAACAGAAGUCCACGUUAUGGAAAGGAGAGAAGACAAAACUGUUGUGCAAAUACAGGAUGUUCGAGAAAUUAAAGAAUACGAGGACACUCAGCAAGCACACAUCACAUUGCGUAAACGAAAAGAUACAAAGCAUCAGGAACAAUCCAAAGUUGAUGAUACACUUGAAAACAGGGAAGAUGGGAUCGAAAUUGUAGAAAUUGAAGACACAACACAGCUGAGCAUUACAGAUGGACAACACCAAAACAAAAAACAACUUAUCAAAACAAAAGAGAAAAUACAAGAUAUAGAGGUUGAUGAGGAAAUUGAAGAAGAAAUUCAAACAAAGAAAACAUUGAAACCUAAAAAAUCAAAAAUCAAUAGUGAAGAGUUACUCUUAGAAGAACUUGAAGAUCUAGAUAUAGUGGAAGAAUCGGCAGUGCCAUCUCUACUACUCAAUAUUCCAAACCAACAAAGUGAAACUGUAUCAACUAUUACAACAACGGACCAAGCACCUGGGGAACCUAAAGAUGAGAAAGCAAACAUCGCAUUCGAUACAGUAAUGGCACUCACAAGAGAAUAUCAUUCCAUUCAAGAUAAAGAAGUAGAUCAAAUAGUGCCCAAGGCACCGAACACUAGAAAAGCUUCACUUUCUAUAACAUCAAGUGAAUCAUAUUUAACAACAGAAACCAUAACACAAAAUGAAACAGAUUAUUUGGAUGCCAUGUCUUCGCCUUAUUUAGGUGAGGCACAAACAAUAGUCAUACCAUCCGAAGGGAUAAUCAUUAGUGAAAUCCAACCAAGCGAAGCUAAACCAACACAUUAUGAAUCUACUGAACAAUUAAAUAGCAAAGCUGAAGUAAUUUUGACUUUGCAAGAAGCUAAAACUAUAAGUCAAACGACUGCGAAUGAAAAAGAAGAAACGACAAAAAGUUAUAAAAUUCCUGAUGAGGUACUGGCAGAAAGACGUAUUAUUCCUCAGAAAAGUCUUACAGUUUAUGAGAUCCAAGAGGGACAAAAAGAAGAUAAACUAGAAGAAUUAAAAACCAUGCGAAAUAAACCAAAAAUUAGGCUUGAUGAAAUCGAACCUCUUCAAAUAGAAGAAGUUUAUGCUGCCGAUAAAACAGGUAAAUAUUAUCCAGAAUUAAUAGUUCCAACAGAAAUUGCUAAUACAUCAGUGGUAGAGCAAAGACAACGAUUCACUGAAGAAAUGCAUGUAUCCGAAAAAGAAGGAGAGUAUAUACCGCAAAAGUUACCUGUUUCACAAAAAGCUGGAAUAGAAGUUUCAUCUGGCGGUGAAGCAGCAAUCGUACGCGAAGUACCAGUUCAAGAAAGCGAAGAUACGUAUAAUCCUGAUCGAAAAAUCGAUUCUUUUACUGCAACACCGAAUGUAAAUUUGUUUGAAAGUAUCAAUGUUACAUAUGUUGAUUCACAACAACGAGAAUCAGAAUUAUCUAUUGAAAAAUUAAACAGUUUAAAUGCUGAAAUUAAUUUGGAAGAAAACAUAUCUGUGUCCAUGGCUGAAACAACACUUGGAGAAAAAGAGUCAAUUUAUCUGCCAAAUGAGCAACCAGAAAUGAAAUCAGCAGAAAAAACAUACCUUCCAUUAGAACUGGGUAUAGUAUCAAGUACAUUUGUUCAAGAUUCAGAAGGUAUAUACCGUGGUCCUAUGAAACCAACUCCUGCAAUAGCCGAAACUAAUAUUCGUCCCGAAGAGCACAUUAAUGUUUCUGAAGUCCAAACCGCUGAUUUCCCUGCAGAAUAUAAAGAAACUUUAAAAUAUACCACUGAAAGCGGUACAGUUGCAUUUGAAACAACUGAAGCAAAACUUAUACAAGAAACGAUGAUUCAUGACCAAGAAAAUCUGUUGGAGGGAAGCAUUGAACCUGAAAAACGUUUCACACAAGUAGUAUUAGAUGAAAUAAAAAGCUUAGAAAUAACUCAAACUACAUUUGCUGAAAAAGAAGGUGAUUAUGAAAAAAGAGAUUUACCUGAAAGUCAUAAGGGUAAGGAAGUUCCAACCCAGCCUAUGGUAUCUUAUCAAACCACUGAAACCAACUUAAUUGAUAAUGUUGGAAUAGUUACAAAAGAAAUACCUGAUCAAGUAACUGCAAAAUUAACAAGUGAAAAUCUUGAAGGAACUUUUGUCAGAGUAGUGAUUCCUAUCGAAAAUAUAUCACCAGUGUCCCAACAAAUUCUUCCUCAAUCAAAAAUUGCAGAAGUAACAAUUGAUGAAGUUAAUAGUGUAGAUACCACAGAAGUUAUUUUUACAGAGAAAGAGUCUGAAUACGAUUCAUUUUUAGAAGCAAAGAAUUUUAACGCUUCUAUCGAAAUUUCUAUGCAAACCGUAGCAACAAAAGAAGAGGUAAGAACUGAAUCCCCAACAGAGCAAUUCAGAGUAGACGAAGUACCGGAGAAAAAUAUUCUUCCAUUCCAAGUACCAUUAGAAAGUAUCACGAUCAGCAUACAACUGACAGCCGAAAAAGAAGAUCACUAUAAAGAUGAAACGAAACCUAGUGAAAAAUUAGCUGUAGUUGAAUUAACGGAAGCAAUACAUGGAGCCACGACUCUUGAAAUAAUAACAAAUGAUAAAGAACAACCCGAAAUCUCUCAAGAAAAAAGGCCAGAUGAUGCCGUGGCUAAUUUAAAUGUAUCAGCACAUAGUAUAGCUAUUAAAUCUGAAAUUCAAACGGAGCAAAAACCUGAAGAUAUUUUGGAACAUCGACCAAUCAGCAGUAUUGCUAUUUCUCGUCAAGAAGCAUUUGAUGAGCUUAUAAUCACAGAAACUCACAUAGCUGAAGCCGAAAAACCUAAAGAAAAAGAUGUACGACCUAAAUUACAGCAUGCUGAUUUCGAAUUAACAACAUCAGACAGUAUGGCUAUUCAUGAACUUACAACAAUAUUAAACAAGGAAGAUACUUGUGUAUUGGAAGAUAUACCAUCAUCCCAAAAUAUUUUUCCUAACAUCUCAAGAGGCCAUGAAGUACCACAAACAGAAGAGACUAUUAUUUCUAACACUGUAGAUGUAUUGAAAAAAGAUAUUUUUGCUACAGAAAUUGCUAAAACCGCACAAAGUGGCUUAGAUAUUGCACAAAAAACUGAAAUAACAGCAUCGGAAUUAGAGGCUCCAUUCAUAUCCGAUAGAACACCGGAUAGCAAAACAAGUAAUGUAACAUUUGAAGAAGAAAGAAGCGUUGAAAUAAUAAUAACUAAUACGCAAGAUAAAGAAGGAAUAUAUAUUGAAAAAGAAAAACCUGAUACUAACGAAGCAACAGUUGAUUUUGAUGUUCAAAGAGUGGCAUCAACGUAUGAAAUCAUAAGUGAUAAUCGCCUGAGUGAACUACCAAAAGAAAUUGUUGCUGACGUACUACCAAAAAGUUCUUUAUUGCCUUAUGAAUCAGCUCAAACUGAAGAAGUUUUAAUACACGAAAAAGAAAAACCACUUUCUGAUACCGUGUUUGUUGAUAGAAAAGCAGAACUUACAUUUGAUACUGGAGAAUCGCUGACAGUAGCUACGAUAAAUACCGCUGAAAAGGAAAGUGACUUAGAAAUUGCAGAAAAAACAGAAACUAAAUCUGCUAUAACAAGUAUCACAGCACAUUUGGUCGCACAAGCAAGCGAAAUAACUCCGGAUAACAGUAUCAAUAAAUUAGAAAUCAUUCAAGCUUCAGAAACAUCAGCAGUAAUAGAUCUUGUACCAUUUCAAAGUAUUAUUGCCUCAGAAGUAUCUACUGCUGAUUCAGAAACUAUAUUCGAUAGUUUUGUUAAACCCGAUGAAAAGAAAUCAGAUGUAAUAUUUGAAGAAGGGAUAAGCUUGCAAGUAACAGAAAUAAUUGCUUCAGAUACAGAGCAAAACCAGAUAAUAAAUCGAGACAUGAGUUCUCAAAUAGCCGAUACUAAAUAUGAUUCCCACAGAGUAGCUGAAUCUACAGAAAUAAUUCCAGAAAUAGCAAUGGGCAAUCUAUCUAGUAAAACUCCAGCCCCUGCUUUAGCAUCUGAAAAACAUAUAUUAUCAGAAAGUAUCAUUCAAGAAGAAGCUUUUAUAGCUGAUAAAGAAAAGGAAUUUAAAGAUAAACUUUCUCUACAAGGAACUACUGCAAACAUUGGCAUUGGUGAAAGUAUUGGAGUCUCUAACGUAACUGAAAUCGUAACUGAAGAUAAAGAAGUGGACAUGAAAACUUAUGAAGAACCAAUAAAAAAAAUAGCACAAGUUGAUUACGAUGGGCAUAAAGUCGCUGAAAAAUUAGAAAUACAUCCAGAUAUUUCAUCAGAAGACUUGCAAGAACAAAAGCCAGAUUCAGCCUCUGCAAUUCAAAAUCCGAUUCCAUUUGAAACAUUUGUAAGAGAAGAGGUUCAAAUUAGUGAAUCUGAAGGGACGUUAAAAAAAGAUAAAACUCCUAAUGAAGCUAGUGCGCGUACAGAACUUACCAAAGAAAAAAGUCUGAUAAUUUCGUCCGUAACAUUGGGGGAUAAAGAAAUUGAAUACAAAGUAGAAACAAUGCCAAAAUCUCAUACUGCUUAUAAAGAACUUAUAAGUGGACAUAUUGUUCCAGAAAUUAUUGAACAUGUUGUGAACCAAAGCACAAGUGAUUUCGCACAUGAAGAAGGUAAACCCAUACAAAGCGCCAGUCGUACCUUAAUAACCGAACAAAAUUCACUGCAGACAAUUAUAGUAGAAUCACAAAUAGAUAUUCCAGAGAAAAAAGAGCAAAAUUCAAGUAAUAUACGAAAUGCAAAAAUUACGCAAGAUACUCGAGAGAGUUUAAUCGUCACAGAAAAUUUAAUAGAGGAAACAGAAAAAACAUUUGAAAAAUCUAUAACACCAAUUUCGCAAAAAGCGUUGGUGGAUAUGAAAAAUUUACAGUCUCUUGAAAUAUCAGAAAUCUUAACACAAGAUAAAGAGGAUACCUUCUUUUCUCAAGUUAUAUCGGAAUAUACUGGAAAACCCGAUUUUGUUGAAUGUAUACCAUUAUCUGUAUCUGAAAUAGUCUCUAAUGAAUUCGAAGAAACAUUAUUACUUGAUGAUGAGCAGCAAACUCAAAAUGCAAAGCAUGAAUUAUUAUUAUUUGGUCGUAAAAUAGCACAAACAAAUGAAAUUGUUACUUCCAUGCACACUGAUAAUUUAUUAAAAGAUAAAACACCUCAAGGACAAACCAUUACACCAACUUCUAAUAAAUUAUCAGCAUUAAUUAUUUCUGAAAUAGUGACAGAUGAAAUAGAAUCAACAUUUGCACAAAAAGAUAAAGUCGAUCAAAAAGUAGCUCAAUUACAUUUUACAGGUCAAGAAAUAGCAGCAGUAUCAGAAGUGAUGUCAUUGGCAUCAUUAAAAGAUUUGUCUGAAACCAGCACUCCAGCUUCGCAAACUUGCACAAAAAAUGUUGAAGAAAUGUUGUCUGUUAAAGUAUCUGAGACUAUAUCUAGUGAGAAAGAAAAAGCUUUUACAAGUUUGGAAGCUCCGAACGUGCAAAAAGCUCAUCCAGUUGUAGUAGGUAGGGAAGUUGCUGAAACUGGCGAAGUAUUAUCUAUGACAAGCGCGGAUCAUAUAUUAACUAAGGAUGAAUUUUUCAAAGCUACUGGAGAGGAAAAAGUAGAUACUAUUUUACCUUUAUUCAUUUCUGAAGCGAUAUCUAGUGAAAGAGAAGAAAUUUUAAAUAAUGCAGUCACUCCUUCAGCAAAAAUAGCAGAGGCUAGUGUUUCAAGUCGAGAAGUAGCAGAAACAACAGAAACACUGACAAACUUAAAUACGGAAAAAUUACUUGAUUAUGAAAUUCCUAAUCAACGCAUUGGAAAAUCAUGUGUUGAUACUUUAAUGACAGCAAUAACUAUGCAGACAACGCCAAGCGAUUUAGAAGAGAAUUUGUUCAUUUCAACAAAAUCUGAUGUUACAACAGUAGAAGCAAAGGUUAUUCAUAGUAACGCUAUUGAAACUCUUGAAGUAAUAACAACACAUAAUAUAGAAAAAUUACAGAAAAAUAUUUUGCCUAAAGAAAAAACCGGAAUUAAAGAAGCAGAUACUUUAACGUCGCUUACUGUAUCACAAGUAAAUGUAAAUGAAUCUGAAAAUUUGCUGGCAGUAUCAGAAGUACCAGUUAGUAAACGAGCUAAUGCAAACAUAGAUGGAAGAGAUAUAGCAGAAAUAUCUGAAACUUUAUUGCUAACUGAUACACAAGAGCUUCAAAUAACUGACGCACCUAGUCAAGUAAAACCUGAAGAAUCAAUUGAAGGAUUACCGCUACCUAUAAUAAUGCAACCUGUAUUAAACGAAACAGAAACUUAUUUACCCGAUAAAACAAAACCAAGCGAGAAAAAUGCUCUUACUGACAUAAGGACCCAUGAGAUUGCUGAAACAUUGGAAACUAUUCCAUUUAAUAAUUUUAAUGUAUUCCAUUCAGAAAAGGUUGCGGAACAAGAAACGAAACAACAAGUAGAUGCAUUAAGCACAGUCAGUAUAUCAGAAAUAAUUUGCAAUGAUUCGGAGCAGACUUUAAUUGAGCAUAAAAUUCCAAAGACAUUAACAGCAGUUCCGCAAUAUCCCGGCAAUGAGGCAACCCUAGUGAGUGAAAUCGUUGCCCUUUCCGCUACUGAUGAAAUAAAAGUAUAUGUUACCCCUGAAACGCAUGAAGCGUUAUCACAUCUAGAUGAAAUGUCAUCGCUGAGUAUUAUUCAAACUGUUACGAAUGAAUCAGAACACGAGCUCUUAAUUAAAGAGGCACCUAAGACAUCGACUGCUACUGAAAGGCUUAAAAGUCAUGACGAACUUGAAACUGUAGAAAUAAUGACAAUUUCAAGUGUAGAAACUUUGCCAGAUAAAUUCAUUCCAGAAGAGCAAAUCAGUACAGAAGGAAUGGAUAUGCAUUCUCCAUUGAUCGUCUCACAAAUACAAGUUAACGAAGAAAAUGAAAUCAUAAGUAAUGAAACAAGCACACUCAAUAAAAUAAAUGCCAAGAUAUCUGUAUCAGGUCGAGAAAUUGCGCAAACAUCAGAAAUAUUGCCAAUGACAAAUACUGUAGAUUGCCAAACAACAGAAAAUUUAGAAGAAAAAUACGGUACAGAAAAAUUCGAUAUACUACAUCCAAUUAGCAUUACUCAAAUGAUACCAACAGAUUCAGAAAAUAACCUUCCAAGCAAGGAACUUCCAAAUGAAAAACAUGCUAAUUCAAGUAUUGUAUUGCAAGAGAUAAAAGAAGUAACAGAAAUUUUAAGCUUGACUAAUGUUGAUGACUUCGAUAAUCAAACUAUGCCUAAAGAGCAACAAGGAGAGCAACAAUUUGAUACUCAUACAUCAUUGAUAAUAUCUUCGGCAACAUUACAAGAGAGAGAAGAAACUAUGCAAGCGGCAAGGGCAGCAAAUGAAAAAGUCGCUAAUUUAAGUUUAGGUGGACAUGAGGCUGCAGAAGUACUUGAAAUCAUAACAUCAACUAAUACGGAAAUUUUAUCAACAUCAACGAUACCAGAUACACAAGAAAUUAGUACUGUUUUACAAGAACUGUCAGCAGUAACCGUGUCCGAAAUAUUAUGCGACGAAAAAGAAUUAAUUUUACCUGAAAUGCAAAAAUUAGAUGAAAAAACAGCUGAAACAAUUUUAAAAGGACAUGAAAUUGCGGAAACAACUGAAAUAGUUGUGGAGAAUAAUGUAGGAUUAAUUUUGGAAGAAAAUAUUCCCGAAAAACAAACUAUUUCGGAAAACCUUAACCUUUUACAUCCAUUAGUUCAAAUGCAGGCACAUAUUAACGAAGAAGGGGAAGCACUAAAAAAUGUAGUUCUUCCAGCAGGACAAACAGCAUCCGUUAAAUUAAGAGGAGAUGAAAUCGCAGAAGUUACGGAAGUAUUAACAUUAUCAAACGUCCAAAAGUUAUCAAAAUCUGAUACAUAUGAUAAAAAACAUGGUAAACAAAAAAUAGAUGAAUUUCAAUCGUUGGUUAUUUUACAAACUCAUACGUCAGAAAGCGAACGAGAAUUAUUACCUGGAGAUAUACCAGAUUCAAAACUAGCCCAUGAGUCAGUAUUAGGAAGAGACAUUGCCGAAAUAUCGGAGGUGACGGCAAUAGAUGAUGUAGUAGAAAUGGCUAAAUCCAUUUCGCCGCAGGAAUAUCAAGGAAAACCGCGAGUUCAAGAAUUAGAAUCAAUAAAUGUAUACGAAAGCGUAUGUAACGAACAAGAAAUGGAUUUAAAAGAAACAUUUGAAUCAGCAACAAAAGAAGCACAACCUAAAAUGUUCUAUAACGAAGUUGCAGAGACUACUGAAAUAGUUACAGCAUCUAGUACAUCAGAAUUAAAAUCUAAAAAAACAAUCGAGAAGCAAUCUUCUACAGCAAAUAUACAUACAUUAACUUCAGCUGUAAUAUUGGAAACUGAAACUACUGAAAAAGAAGAAGUUCUUGUUUCUAAGUCUGACUAUGAUAGCGAAAAACACGUUAGCGAAAUUUUUAUAGAAAAUGAAGCAACGCAAAUUUUAGAACCCACGCCAGGUUUAAGUGUUAGCGAUUUACAUACAAAACUUCUCCUGUCGGAAAAAACAAGUAUCCCAAAAAUUGAUGAGAUGUUGUCACUAUCAAUCUCUGAAAUUAUUCCAAAUGAAUCUGAAAUGACUUUGGAAGAAACUGAAAAGUUAAAGACAACAGUAGCUGAUACAAGUCUCUCAGGUAGAGAAGUGGCCGAAACAUCGCAAAUUAUUACAGGAUCUAGUACUAAAAUUCUUGAAAAGUAUCACAGACCAGAUGAACAGAGUAUUCAAAUAAAUAUAGAAGAUACUUUACCAUCAUCAACAGUAUCUCAAAUUAUUACAAGCGAAACAGAAGAUACUUUUCAAAUAUCGAGUAUACCCCGGGUACGUGCUGCCUCAUCAAAAAUUAAAAGUUACGAAGCUACUGAAGUAACAGAAGUAUUUGACAUUAGAAAUACGUCUGAUCUUAAUAAGGCCCCAACACCACUAGAAGAAAAGCUAAUUUCUAACAUCGAAGAGCAUAAGGCUGUAACAAUUUCUCAUGUUAUAUCAAAUGAAUCAGAACAUAUCCUGCUGACUUCUGAACUUCCAAACACUAAAACUGCAUCAUUGUUUGUUACUGAUUCAGAGGCAAUUUUAACAGAAGAAGCGAUAACUUCAGUAAAUACUGAACCUUUGAAUGAAUCUUUAUUACCCGAUACUAAGAAAGGCGAAUUAACAAUUAACGAAUUAAACUCUCUUGUUGUAACACAGUCUUUAAUCAAUGAUAACGAAACUGUGUUCGAUAAACUAUACACGAAAAAAGAAGAAACAGCUGAAACAACUGUCACUGGAAGAGAAAUCGCUCAAAAGUCUGAUACUUUAGUACUUACCUGUGAAACAAAUCUUCCCAAACAAGAAAUACCAGCUACUAAAACGGGAGAAAUAAAUGUUAAUGAAAUAAUACCUUUAUCAGUAACACAUAUUCAGACCAAUGAACAAGAAAUAAACUUACAAGAAGAGUUAAUUACUGAACAAAAAACAGCUGAAUUAAGCAUCACUAGCCACACAGUAGCACAAAAAAUUGAAGUACAAGCUACCUUAACUACUACUGAUUUGCCCGAAAAAGAAGAAGCAAAUGAACAAAAAAGUACUAAAAAUAUUGACGAAAUCAAUUCCUUAAUCAUAUCUGAAACAGUGACAGAUGAAAAAGAGUUAUCUUUAAAACCAUCUGAAAAGUUACCGGAAUUAACAGCAACCGCAAAACUUACGACAAUCGCAGUCCCUGAAAGUUUAGAAAUAGUCACAGCAAGUGGAGUAAAAAAUAUCGAAGAUGCACGUAUGCCAGAAAAAGUUAAAGUCAAGUCAACCCUAGAUCAUUUAGAAACAAUAUCCGUAACAGAAGUUACGUGUAUGGUUGCCGCAACAGAUAUCAUAACUGACAAUAUCCCUGAAUCAACUAAAAUAGAAAGCGAAACAAUACCACUGCACAGCAUAGAAGAGAAUGAAAUAAUAAUUCAGGAAAAAGAAAAUCUUUUAAAACCAGAAAGAAAAUUAUCUGUAGCAUAUGCUGAAAUCGGAUUCAAAAUAUCAGAGGGAGUGCAAAUAUCAGAAGUAACUUCUCAUGAAGAAAAACCAAGUAAACUCGAAACUAAAGAUAAAAAAGAAGUGACAGCUGAUAUAGCUUUAACAAAAACACAAGUAGCUGUUAAAACAGAAACACUACCCGAGUCAACAGUAACAGAAUUAAAAACAACUCAAUAUACAACUAAAACUGCUAAAAAAGUUAAAGACAUUAAACACAGUAUUGUCGUAUCUGAACAAAGCACAGAAGAAACAGAAACAAAUAUUAAUGAAACCAUACAACCACUUGCAAAGACAGCAGAAAUUUCAUUAGAGAAGGGCCACUUACAAUCAAUAGAAACAACAGAAGCAACUGUCCGACAACACAACAUAACAAACAUACACUAUAAACAGAAACAUCCAAAAAUCAAACAUCAAUAUAGUACAGAAUCUGACUCAGAAAUAACAGAAGAGUACACAACUAAAUUUAGAAGAGACAGUAAUGAUGAAAACGCAGCUAUCAAAACGAAAAAAACAAUAAUAAAGAAAAAGAAAAAACCAUCGUCAACUUCUGAAAGAGUUGUGGUCAUAGAAGAAGAAAUAGAGAACGUUAAAUCUUCAUUGCCGGAAAUACCAAAGAAACAAUUUAUGGAAAUCGAGGAAGUAACAGAUAUAAUAGAUGUUGAAGAAAUAACACCGUCAAUUAUUCAGGAAGUUGAAGACAAUUCUGAAAGUGAACAAAAUAUCGAAUCUCCAAUUAAAGAUGGAAUGCCACAAGAAUUAUCAGAAACAGAAAUUAAAGAAACAGGCAAAAAAACAGUUCAAGAAACACAAAAAAGAGAUAUUGAAAACGAGGAAGCAACAGGCAUUCACCCGGUUGUCAAAUAUAGCAAAUCGAAAGAAUCCGAAGAGAUUAAAGAGCAAGUGACAGUUGUUCAAGAAGUCACGCCUGAGGGUAAGACUAAAAAGACAACAAAAAAGAAGAUUAUAAAACAAAAGGGCAAAAAGCAACAAGUUAAAGAGAUCGUUACAGUUGAGGAGGAAGGCAAGGCACCAGCGACUACGGUGCAUGAAGCGCCUGAAGAGGAAAUAGUUUUCGAGGAAACAACAGGCAUUCUUCCGGUUAUCGAGUAUGGCAAACCACAGGAAACCGAGGAAAUAAGAGAGCAAGUGACGGUCCUUCAAGAAGUUACGCCAGAGGGGAAGAGUAAAAAGACAACGAAAAAGAAGAUUAUAAAACAGAAGGGCAAGAAGCAACAAGUUAAAGAGAUCGUUACAGUUGAGGAGGAAGGCAAGGCACCAGAGACCACUGUGCAUGAAACGCCUGAAGAGGAAAUCGUUUUCGAGGAAACAACAGGCAUUCUUCCGGUUAUCGAGUAUGGCAAUCCGCAAGAAACUGAAGAGAUUAAAGAGCAAGUGACAGUCGUGCAAGAAAUUACGCCCGAGGGUAAGACUAAAAAGACAACGAAAAAGAAGAUUACAAAACAAAAGGGCAAGAAGCAGCAGGUAAAAGAGAUCGUUACAGUUGAGGAGGAAGGCAAGGCACCAGAGACUACGGUGCAUGAAACGCCUGAAGAGGAAAUCGUUUUCGAGGAAACAACAGGCAUUCUUCCGGUUAUCGCGUGUGGCAAACCGCAAGAAACCGAGGAAAUAAGAGAGCAAGUGACAGUGGUUCAAGAAGUUACGCCAGAGGGGAAGACUAAAAAGACAACGAAAAAGAAGAUUAUAAAACAGAAGGGCAACAAGCAACAAGUUAAAGACAUCGUCACAGUCGAGGAGGAAGGCAAGACACCAGUGACCACUGUGCAUGAAACGCCUGAAGAGAAAAUCGUUUUCGAGGAAACAACAGGCAUUCUUCCGGUUAUCGAGUAUGGCAAACCGCAAGAAACCGAGGAAAUAAGAGAGCAAGUGACAGUGGUUCAAGAAGUUACGCCAGAGGGGAAGACUAAAAAGACAACGAAAAAGAAGAUUAUAAAACAGAAGGGCAACAAGCAACAAGUAAAAGAGAUCAUCACAGUCGAGGAGGAAGGCAAGACACCAGUGACCACUGUGCAUGAAACGCUUGAAGAGGAAAUCGUUUUCCACGAAACAACAGGCAUUUUUCCGGUUGUCGAGUAUGGCAAACCACAGGAAACUGAAAAAAUAAGAGAACAAGUAACGGUCGUUGAAGAAGUUACGCCAGAAGGGAAGACUAAAAUGACAACGAAAAAGAAGAUUAUAAAACAGAAGGGCAAGAAGCAACAAGUUAAAGAGAUCGUUACAGUUGAGGAGGAAGGCAAGGCACCAGAGACCACUGUGCAUGAAACGCCUGAAGAGGAAAUCGUUUUCGAGGAAACAACAGGCAUUCUUCCGGUUAUCGAGUAUGGCAAACCGCAAGAAACUGAAGAGAUUAAAGAGCAAGUGACAGUCGUGCAAGAAAUUACGCCCGAGGGUAAGACUAAAAAGACAACGAAAAAGAAGAUUAUAAAACAGAAGGGCAAGAAGCAACAAGUUAAAGAGAUUGUUACAGUUGAGGAGGAAGGCAAGGCACCAGAGACCACUGUGCAUGACACGCCUGAAGAGAAAAUCGUUUUCGAGGAAACAACAGGCAUUCUUCCGGUUAUCGAGUAUGGCACACCGCAAGAAACUGAAGAGAUUAAAGAGCAAGUGACAGUCGUGCAAGAAAUUACGCCCGAGAGUAAGACUAAAAAGACAACGAAAAAGAAGAUUACAAAACAAAAGGGCAAGAAGCAGCAGGUAAAAGAGAUCGUUACAGUUGAGGAGGAAGGCAAGGCACCAGAGACUACGGUUCAUGAAACGCUUGAAGAGGAAAUCGUUUUCCACGAAACAACAGGCAUUCUUCCGGUUAUCGAGUAUGGCAAACCACAGGAAACUGAAAAAAUAAGAGAACAAGUAACGGUCGUUGAAGAAGUUACGCCAGAAGGGAAGACUAAAAUGACAACGAAAAAGAAGAUUAUAAAACAGAAGGGCAAGAAGCAACAAGUUAAAGAGAUCGUUACAGUUGAGGAGGAAGGCAAGGCACCAGAGACCACUGUGCAUGAAACGCCUGAAGAGGAAAUCGUUUUCGAGGAAACAACAGGCAUUCUUCCGGUUAUCGAGUAUGGCAAACCGCAAGAAACUGAAGAGAUUAAAGAGCAAGUGACAGUCGUGCAAGAAAUUACGCCCGAGGGUAAGACUAAAAAGACAACGAAAAAGAAGAUUACAAAACAAAAGGGCAAGAAGCAGCAGGUAAAAGAGAUUGUUACAGUUGAGGAGGAAGGCAAGGCACCAGAGACUACGGUGCAUGAAACGCCUGAAGAGGAAAUAGUUUUCGAGGAAAGAACAGGCAUUCUUCCGGUUAUCGAGUAUGGCAAACCACAGGAAACCGAGGAAAUAAGAGAGCAAGUGACGGUCGUUGAAGAAGUUACGCCAGAGGGGAAGAGUAAAAAGACAACGAAAAAGAAGAUUAUAAAACAGAAGGGCAAGAAGCAACAAGUUAAAGAGAUUGUUACAGUUGAGGAGGAAGGCAAGGCACCAGAGACUACGGUGCAUGAAACGCCUGAAGAGGAAAUAGUUUUCGAGGAAACAACAGGCAUUCUUCCGGUUAUCGAGUAUGGCAAACCACAGGAAACCGAGGAAAUAAGAGAGCAAGUGACGGUCCUUCAAGAAGUUACGCCAGAGGGGAAGAGUAAAAAGACAACGAAAAAGAAGAUUAUAAAACAGAAGGGCAAGAAGCAACAAGUUAAAGAGAUCGUUACAGUUGAGGAGGAAGGCAAGGCACCAGAGACCACUGUGCAUGAAACGCCUGAAGAGGAAAUCGUUUUCGAGGAAAAAACAGGCAUUCUUCCGGUUAUCGAGUAUGGCAAUCCGCAAGAAACUGAAGAGAUUAAAGAGCAAGUGACAGUCGUGCAAGAAAUUACGCCCGAGGGUAAGACUAAAAAGACAACGAAAAAGAAGAUUACAAAACAAAAGGGCAAGAAGCAGCAGGUAAAAGAGAUCGUUACAGUUGAGGAGGAAGGCAAGGCACCAGAGACUACGGUGCAUGAAACGCCUGAAGAGGAAAUCGUUUUCGAGGAAACAACAGGCAUUCUUCCGGUUAUCGCAUGUGGCAAACCGCAAGAAACCGAGGAAAUAAGAGAGCAAGUGACAGUGGUUCAAGAAGUUACGCCAGAGGGGAAGACUAAAAAGACAACGAAAAAGAAGAUUAUAAAACAGAAGGGCAACAAGCAACAAGUUAAAGACAUCGUCACAGUCGAGGAGGAAGGCAAGACACCAGUGACCACUGUGCAUGAAACGCCUGAAGAGAAAAUCGUUUUCGAGGAAACAACAGGCAUUCUUCCGGUUAUCGAGUAUGGCAAACCGCAAGAAACCGAGGAAAUAAGAGAGCAACUGACAGUGGUUCAAGAAGUUACGCCAGAGGGGAAGACUAAAAAGACAACGAAAAAGAAGAUUAUAAAACAGAAGGGCAACAAGCAACAAGUAAAAGAGAUCAUCACAGUCGAGGAGGAAGGCAAGACACCAGUGACCACUGUGCAUGAAACGCUUGAAGAGGAAAUCGUUUUCCACGAAACAACAGGCAUUUUUCCGGUUGUCGAGUAUGGCAAACCACAGGAAACUGAAAAAAUAAGAGAACAAGUAACGGUCGUUGAAGAAGUUACGCCAGAAGGGAAGACUAAAAUGACAACGAAAAAGAAGAUUAUAAACCAGAAGGGCAAGAAGCAACAAGUUAAAGAGAUCGUUACAGUCGAGGAGGAAGGCAAGACACCAGUGACCACUGUGCAUGAAACGCUUGAAGAGGAAAUAGUUUUCGAGGAAAGAACAGGCAUUCUUCCGGUUAUCGAGUAUGGCAAACCACAGGAAACCGAGGAAAUAAGAGAGCAAGUGACGGUCGUUGAAGAAGUUACGCCAGAGGGGAAGACUAAAAUGACAACGAAAAAGAAGAUUAUAAACCAGAAGGGCAAGAAGCAACAAGUUAAAGAGAUCGUUACAGUUGAGGAGGAAGGCAAGGCACCAGAGACCACUGUGCAUGAAACGCCUGAAGAGGAAAUCGUUUUCGAGGAAACAACAGGCAUUCUUCCGGUUAUCGAGUAUGGCAAACCGCAAGAAACUGAAGAGAUUAAAGAGCAAGUGACAGUCGUGCAAGAAAUUACGCCCGAGGGUAAGACUAAAAAGACAACGAAAAAGAAGAUUAUAAAACAGAAGGGCAAGAAGCAACAAGUUAAAGAGAUUGUUACAGUUGAGGAGGAAGGCAAGGCACCAGAGACUACGGUGCAUGAAACGCCUGAAGAGGAAAUCGUUUUCGAGGAAACAACAGGCAUUCUUCCGGUUAUCGAGUAUGGCAAACCACAGGAAACCGAGGAAAUAAGAGAGCAAGUGACAGUCGUGCAAGAAAUUACGCCCGAGGGUAAGACUAAAAAGACAACGAAAAAGAAGAUUAUAAAACAGAAGGGCAAGAAGCAACAAGUUAAAGAGAUUGUUACAGUUGAGGAGGAAGGCAAGGCACCAGAGACUACGGUGCAUGAAACGCCUGAAGAGGAAAUCGUUUUCGAGGAAACAACAGGCAUUCUUCCGGUUAUCGAGUAUGGCAAACCACAGGAAACCGAGGAAAUAAGAGAGCAAGUGACGGUCCUUCAAGAAGUUACGCCAGAGGGGAAGAGUAAAAAGACAACGAAAAAGAAGAUUAUAAAACAGAAGGGCAAGAAGCAACAAUUUAAAGAGAUCGUUACAGUUGAGGAGGAAGGCAAGGCACCAGAGACCACUGUGCAUGAAACGCCUGAAGAGGAAAUCGUUUUCGAGGAAACAACAGGCAUUCUUCCGGUUAUCGAGUAUGGCAAACCGCAAGAAACUGAAGAGAUUAAAGAGCAAGUGACAGUCGUGCAAGAAAUUACGCCCGAUGGUAAGACUAAAAAGACAACGAAAAAGAAGAUUAUAAAACAGAAGGGCAAGAAUCAACAAGUUAAAGAGAUUGUUACAGUUGAGGAGGAAGGCAAGGCACCAGAGACCACUGUGCAUGACACGCCUGAAGAGAAAAUCGUUUUCGAGGAAACAACAGGCAUUCUUCCGGUUAUCGAGUAUGGCACACCGCAAGAAACUGAAGAGAUUAAAGAGCAAGUGACAGUCGUGCAAGAAAUUACGCCCGAGAGUAAGACUAAAAAGACAACGAAAAAGAAGAUUACAAAACAAAAGGGCAAGAAGCAGCAGGUAAAAGAGAUCGUUACAGUUGAGGAGGAAGGCAAGGGACCAGAGACUACGGUUCAUGAAACGCCUGAAGAGGAAAUCGUUUUCGAGGAAACAACAGGCAUUCUUCCGGUUAUCGAGUAUGGCAAACCGCAAGAAACCGAGAAAAUAAGAGAGCAAGUGACAGUGGUUCAAGAAGUUACGCCAGAGGGGAAGACUAAAAAGACAACGAAAAAGAAGAUUAUAAAACAGAAGGGCAACAAGCAACAAGUAAAAGAGAUCAUCACAGUUGAGGAGGAAGGCAAGGCACCAGAGACCACUGUGCAUGAAACGCCUGAAGAGGAAAUCGUUUUCGAGGAAACAACAGGCAUUCUUCCGGUUAUUGAGUAUGGCAAACCGCAAGAAACUGAAGAGAUUAAAGAGCAAGUGACAGUCGUGCAAGAAAUUACGCCCGAGGGUAAGACUAAAAAGACAACGAAAAAGAAGAUUAUAAAACAGAAGGGCAAGAAGCAACAAGUUAAAGAGAUUGUUACAGUUGAGGAGGAAGGCAAGGCACCAGAGACUACGGUGCAUGAAACGCCUGAAGAGGAAAUCGUUUUCGAGGAAACAACAGGCAUUCUUCCGGUUAUCGAGUAUGGCAAACCACAGGAAACCGAGGAAAUAAGAGAGCAAGUGACGGUCCUUCAAGAAGUUACGCCAGAGGGGAAGAGUAAAAAGACAACGAAAAAGAAGAUUAUAAAACAGAAGGGCAAGAAGCAACAAGUUAAAGAGAUCGUUACAGUUGAGGAGGAAGGCAAGGCACCAGAGACCACUGUGCAUGAAACGCCUGAAGAGGAAAUCGUUUUCGAGGAAACAACAGGCAUUCUUCCGGUUAUCGAGUAUGGCAAACCACAGGAAACUGAAAAAAUAAGAGAACAAGUAACGGUCGUUGAAGAAGUUACGCCAGAAGGGAAGACUAAAAUGACAACGAAAAAGAAGAUUAUAAAACAGAAGGGCAAGAAGCAACAAGUUAAAGAGAUCGUUACAGUUGAGGAGGAAGGCAAGGCACCAGAGACCACUGUGCAUGAAACGCCUGAAGAGGAAAUCGUUUUCGAGGAAACAACAGGCAUUCUUCCGGUUAUCGAGUAUGGCAAACCGCAAGAAACUGAAGAGAUUAAAGAGCAAGUGACAGUCGUGCAAGAAAUUACGCCCGAGGGUAAGACUAAAAAGACAACGAAAAAGAAGAUUAUAAAACAGAAGGGCAAGAAGCAACAAGUUAAAGAGAUUGUUACAGUUGAGGAGGAAGGCAAGGCACCAGAGACUACGGUGCAUGAAACGCCUGAAGAGGAAAUCGUUUUCGAGGAAACAACAGGCAUUCUUCCGGUUAUCGAGUAUGGCAAACCACAGGAAACCGAGGAAAUAAGAGAGCAAGUGACGGUCCUUCAAGAAGUUACGCCAGAGGGGAAGAGUAAAAAGACAACGAAAAAGAAGAUUAUAAAGCAGAAGGGCAAGAAGCAACAAGUUAAAGAGAUCGUUACAGUUGAGGAGGAAGGCAAGGCACCAGAGACCACUGUGCAUGAAACGCCUGAAGAGGAAAUCGUUUUCGAGGAAACAACAGGCAUUCUUCCGGUUAUCGAGUAUGGCAAACCACAGGAAACCGAGGAAAUAAGAGAGCAAGUGACGGUCCUUCAAGAAGUUACGCCAGAGGGGAAGAGUAAAAAGACAACGAAAAAGAAGAUUAUAAAACAGAAGGGCAAGAAGCAACAAUUUAAAGAGAUCGUUACAGUUGAGGAGGAAGGCAAGGCACCAGAGACCACUGUGCAUGAAACGCCUGAAGAGGAAAUCGUUUUCGAGGAAACAACAGGCAUUCUUCCGGUUAUCGAGUAUGGCAAACCGCAAGAAACUGAAGAGAUUAAAGAGCAAGUGACAGUCGUGCAAGAAAUUACGCCCGAUGGUAAGACUAAAAAGACAACGAAAAAGAAGAUUAUAAAACAGAAGGGCAAGAAUCAACAAGUUAAAGAGAUUGUUACAGUUGAGGAGGAAGGCAAGGCACCAGAGACCACUGUGCAUGACACGCCUGAAGAGAAAAUCGUUUUCGAGGAAACAACAGGCAUUCUUCCGGUUAUCGAGUAUGGCACACCGCAAGAAACUGAAGAGAUUAAAGAGCAAGUGACAGUCGUGCAAGAAAUUACGCCCGAGAGUAAGACUAAAAAGACAACGAAAAAGAAGAUUACAAAACAAAAGGGCAAGAAGCAGCAGGUAAAAGAGAUCGUUACAGUUGAGGAGGAAGGCAAGGGACCAGAGACUACGGUUCAUGAAACGCCUGAAGAGGAAAUCGUUUUCGAGGAAACAACAGGCAUUCUUCCGGUUAUCGAGUAUGGCAAACCGCAAGAAACCGAGAAAAUAAGAGAGCAAGUGACAGUGGUUCAAGAAGUUACGCCAGAGGGGAAGACUAAAAAGACAACGAAAAAGAAGAUUAUAAAACAGAAGGGCAACAAGCAACAAGUAAAAGAGAUCAUCACAGUUGAGGAGGAAGGCAAGGCACCAGAGACCACUGUGCAUGAAACGCCUGAAGAGGAAAUCGUUUUCGAGGAAACAACAGGCAUUCUUCCGGUUAUUGAGUAUGGCAAACCGCAAGAAACUGAAGAGAUUAAAGAGCAAGUGACAGUCGUGCAAGAAAUUACGCCCGAGGGUAAGACUAAAAAGACAACGAAAAAGAAGAUUAUAAAACAGAAGGGCAAGAAGCAACAAGUUAAAGAGAUUGUUACAGUUGAGGAGGAAGGCAAGGCACCAGAGACUACGGUGCAUGAAACGCCUGAAGAGGAAAUCGUUUUCGAGGAAACAACAGGCAUUCUUCCGGUUAUCGAGUAUGGCAAACCGCAAGAAACCGAGAAAAUAAGAGAGCAAGUGACAGUGGUUCAAGAAGUUACGCCAGAGGGGAAGACUAAAAAGACAACGAAAAAGAAGAUUAUAAAACAGAAGGGCAACAAGCAACAAGUAAAAGAGAUCAUCACAGUUGAGGAGGAAGGCAAGGCACCAGAGACCACUGUGCAUGACACGCCUGAAGAGAAAAUCGUUUUCGAGGAAACAACAGGCAUUCUUCCGGUUAUCGAGUAUGGCACACCGCAAGAAACUGAAGAGAUUAAAGAGCAAGUGACAGUCGUGCAAGAAAUUACGCCCGAGAGUAAGACUAAAAAGACAACGAAAAAGAAGAUUAUAAAACAGAAGGGCAAGAAGCAACAAGUUAAAGAGAUUGUUACAGUUGAGGAGGAAGGCAAGGCACCAGAGACUACGGUGCAUGAAACGCCUGAAGAGGAAAUCGUUUUCGAGGAAACAACAGGCAUUCUUCCGGUUAUCGAGUAUGGCAAACCACAGGAAACCGAGGAAAUAAGAGAGCAAGUGACGGUCCUUCAAGAAGUUACGCCAGAGGGGAAGAGUAAAAAGACAACGAAAAAGAAGAUUAUAAAACAGAAGGGCAAGAAGCAACAAGUUAAAGAGAUCGUUACAGUUGAGGAGGAAGGCAAGGCACCAGAGACCACUGUGCAUGAAACGCCUGAAGAGGAAAUCGUUUUCGAGGAAACAACAGGCAUUCUUCCGGUUAUCGAGUAUGGAAAACCACAGGAAACUGAAAAAAUAAGAGAACAAGUAACGGUCGUUGAAGAAGUUACGCCAGAAGGGAAGACUAAAAUGACAACGAAAAAGAAGAUUAUAAAACAGAAGGGCAAGAAGCAACAAGUUAAAGAGAUCGUCACAGUCGAGGAGGAAGGCAAGACACCAGUGACCACUGUGCAUGAAACGCCUGAAGAGGAAAUCGUUUUUCACGAAACAACAGGCAUUCUUCCGGUUAUCGAGUAUGGCAAACGGCAAGAAACCGAGGAAAUAAAAGAGCAAGUGACGGUCCUUCAAGAAGUUACGCCUCAGGGUAAAACUAAAAAGACAACGAAAAAGCAGAUCACAAAACAAAAGGGAAAGAAGCAACAAGUUAAAGUGAUCGUUACAGUUGAGGAGGAAGGCAAGGCACCAGAGUCUACGGUGCAUGAAACGCCUGAAGAGGAAAUAGUUAUCGAUGAAACAACAAGCAUCCUUCCGGUUAUCGAGUAUGGCAAACCGCAAGAAACCGAGGAAAUAAGAGAGCAAGUGACAAUGGUUCAAGAAGUUACGCCAGAGGGGAAGACUAAAAAGACAACGAAAAAGAAGAUUAUAAAACAGAAGGGCAACAAGCAACAAGUUAAAGAGAUCGUCACAGUCGAGGAGGAAGGCAAGACACCAGUGACCACUGUGCAUGAAACGCCUGAAGAGGAAAUCGUUUUUCACGAAACAACAGGCAUUCUUCCGGUUAUCGAGUAUGGCAAACGGCAAGAAACCGAGGAAAUAAAAGAGCAAGUGACGGUCCUUCAAGAAGUUACGCCUCAGGGUAAAACUAAAAAGACAACGAAAAAGAAGAUUGUAAAACAAAAGGGCAACAAGCAACAAGUUAAGGAGAUCGUUACAGUUGAGGAGGAAGGCAAGGCACCAGAGACCACUGUGCAUGAAACGCCUGAAGAGGAAAUCGUUUUCGAGGAAACAACAGGCAUUCUUCCGGUUAUCGAGUAUGGAAAACCGCAAGAAACUGAAGAGAUUAAAGAGCAAGUGACAGUCGUGCAAGAAAUUACGCCCGAGGGUAAGACUAAAAAGACAACGAAAAAGAAGAUUAUAAAACAGAAGGGCAACAAGCAACAAGUUAAAGACAUCGUCACAGUCGAGGAGGAAGGCAAGGCACCAGUGACCACUGUGCAUGAAACGCCUGAAGAGGAAAUAGUUAUCGAGGAAACAACAGGCAUCCUUCCGGUUAUUGAGUAUGGCAAACCGCAAGAAACCGAGGAAAUAAGAGAGCAAGUGACAGUGGUUCAAGAAGUUACGCCAGAGGGGAAGACUAAAAAGACAACGAAAAAGAAGAUUACAAAACACAAGGGCAAGAAGCAACAAGUAAAAGAGAUCAUCACAGUCGAGGAGGAAGGCAAGACACCAGAGACCACUGUUCAUGAAACGCCUGAAGAAGAAAUCGUUUUCGAGGAAACAACAGGCAUUCUUCCGGUUAUCGAGUAUGGCAAACCGCAAGAAACCGAGAAAAUAAGAGAACAAGUAACGGUCGUUGAAGAAGUUACGCCUCAGGGUAAAACUAAAAAGACAACGAAAAAGCAGAUUACAAAACAAAAGGGCAAGAACCAACAAGUUAAAGAGAUCGUUACAGUUGAGGAGGAAGGCAAGGCACCAGAGUCUACGGUGCAUGAAACGCCUGAAGUGGAAAUAGUUAUCGAUGAAACAACAGGCAUUCUUCCGGUUAUCGAGUAUGGCAAACCGCAAGAAACCGAGGAAAUAAGAGAGCAAGUGACAGUGGUUCAAGAAGUUACGCCAGAGGGGAAGACUAAAAAGACAACGAAAAAGAAGAUUACAAAACAAAAGGGCAAGAAGCAACAAGUAAAAGAGAUCGUCACAGUCGAGGAGGAAGGCAAGACACCUGAGACCACUGUGCAUGAAACGCCUGAAGCGGAAAUUGUUUUCGAACAAAUAACAGGCAUUCUUCCGGUUAUCGAGUAUGGCAAACCGCAAGAAACCCAGGAAAUAAGAGAGCAAGUGACAGUGGUUCAAGAAAUUACGCCCGAGGGUAAGACUAAAAAGACAACGAAAAAGAAGAUUAUAAAACAGAAGGGCAACAAGCAACAAGUUAAAGAGAUCGUCACAGUCGAGGAGGAAGGCAAGGCACCAGAGACUACGGUGCAUGAAGCGCCUGUAGAGGAAAUCGUUUUCGAGGAAACGACAGGUAUUCUUCCGGUUAUCGAGUAUGGCAAACCACAGGAAACUGAAGAGAUUAAAGAGCAAGUGACGGUCCUUCAAGAAGUUACGCCUCAGGGUAAAACUAAACAGACAACAAUGAAAAAGAUUACAAAACAAAAGGGCAAAAAGGAGCAGGUAAAGGAGGUCGUUACAGUUGAGGAGAAAGGCAAGGCACCAAAAACUUCGGAGCGUGAAGUGCCUGGAGAAGAAAUUGUUUCUGACGAAGUAAUUGAUGUUUCAUUACCUGAGUGUAAUAAAAUGAGAUCUUCAAAAAGCAGUAAAAACAAAGCUCAAUUAAUACCUGCAGUUAACAGGCUUGUUCCGAUUGAAAUUGAAAGAAAAGAAAUUACUUCCUCAAAAUUGAAAUUUGUGCAACCAACCCAUGAAGUUCAGUUUGCAACAAUAAAAUUGAAGAAGACUACAAUUCCGAAACGAAGAGAAUCAAAAUCAACGAAAGUACCUAAAAUUCGACUAAAGAGUAGAAUCACAUUUGUAUCCGAUUGGCCAGCGCCUUUGCAGAAACCAGCUAUUACAAUUAUAGAAGAAAAUCCAUUACAAAAUGGUACACUAUCCAGAAAUCUAGAUGAGGCAGAAAAGGUACUUAAAAAGAAGUACAAAAAGAAGAAAUUACCCGAAAAAGAAAUAACUGACUUAGAAAAAUUGGAUAAAGAAUUUGAAGAGUUAAAAAAGAAACCUUUGGAAAAAAUAGAAGAUAAAUCUAUCUAUGAAAAACCGCAGAAAGCACCGAAAGGAAAAUCACCAGACGACGUCAAAAAGUUAAAAGUAGGUAAGGGAAAAUUACCAGAACAAGAAGAUGUACCAGAAGAUAUAAAGCUAAAGAAAACACCAAAGAUAAAAACAGAAGAGACAGAUAAAGCAACAACAGAGCCGAAAUCCAAGGAGAAGCCAAUUACAUCUGAAGAAGAGGAAAAAAUUAAGCCGGAAUUCACAAUAAAGCCAGACGAUUUCAUACCUUUCGAACAUGAUAAACCGGAGUUAGAAAAAUUCAUACCGGAUCAAGAACAAAAACCAGAAGAAGAAUUGCCUGAAAAAAUGCCAGAUAAAUACAAACGUCCUGAAAAAAAGCGUAAAGAACAAGAUAUUGAACAAAUUCCGAUCAUAAAAGGAAAAGCAAAGCCAAAAGAACCGCAGGAUGAGGUAGAUGUUAAGUUUAGAAUUCCUGAACGAGAUAAGCCUGUCGAAGAAUCUGACAAAAUUAAUUUGAAGCCCUGGAAAAAAGAUGAACCUGAAAAGGUGGAAAAUAAGAAAAUUGAUGGUGAUCUUACUUUAGAAAAUUCACUUAUCAAAGUUGUCGAGACUGAUAAAAUCCGUAAAAAGCCAUUAAAGAUGAAGAAAAGAAUUAUUCCUGCUGAUCAGUCGCCUGAAUCUUUAGAUGAAAUAAUCUCCGUUAGUGAAAGUACUGAGAAAAUAGUGAAAGAUGAUCUUACUUUAAUGGAUGCUCCUAGUGAAAAAUUUGAUACUUUUAAUUAUGACACAAAAGACAUAUCACACACUAAACCUAAACACCGAAAGCCAAAACAAGCACAAGACGAGUAUACACUUUUGGGUAAACACAUGGAUGUAGAACAUGAGGGAAUUAUACAAGAAGACAAUAUUCCAUUGGACACGAUUUCUAAUUUAGAUAAAGAAAUUAUUACUAAAAAGAAGAAACCAAAGAAAAUCUUAAAAACAACAAAAAAGAUUGAAAACGAAAAACACGAAUCUACAGCAUUAUAUGAGGAGGAAAAUAUCGAAUCUUAUGAAGAAAUUAGGGAUACACAGCCGGCUGUAGAUACGGCACUUAGAAAAUUCUCUUUAUUGGAAUCUAUUGAAGUUGUACAACCAAUUGCUGAAACUUUUACAGAUGAUGUCAAAGACCAGUUAUUAAAAGAAUUUAAAGCGUCCGAAAUUACAGAAGAUAUUGUUGACGAAAUAACGAAUUUCAAAGUAAAAAUUCUAAAGGCUCCUAAAAUCGAAGAGAUUUCACCUCUUGAUUUAGAGCAAUCUCAAGAACUCCCACAAGAAUUAGCAGACCAUGACAAUAUAAAGCCUACAAAAACAGUUAUUUUAAAAGAAGGUGUUAAAAUUUCCGAAAUACAUCUUGGUACACAAGCAGUUGAAUUCACGACUGAAAAGAAUGAAGCGGAAAAAGCGUUUGAUACAAUUGAAGACUUAGAUACUGCUCAUGUAACCAAAGCUAAUAUUUCAAAUGCCCCAUGUGAAAUGCUCGAAACAAUAACUUCUGAAUCGAUAAAUAUCUUGCAAGCUGCAGAUACCACAUCAGCUAUGGCAGAAUCUGUAAUAGAUAUUCAAGAAGGUAUUGAAUCAUCUGAACUUAUUCCACAACUGACUGUUGCAUCGAUUCCGGAUGCUAUCAAAACUGAUUAUAAAGUGACAGAGACUUUACAAGAAAAGGAAUCUGACAUAGUGCAACCAGUUCCCAGUCCAAUCAUUAAAAAAGAUGACGAGAAAUAUAAAGAAAAACAAUUGCCAUCAACGAAGAAACCCAAAAAGAAGAAAGUAGCGUUUAAAAUCGAAGAACAGAAAGUAGUAUUUCCGGAAAAACGAUUAGAGACUGCAACUGUUAAAGAAGUAGAAACCUUGAUCAUAAAAGAUUCUGUAGAUUCUGAGUCCAUACCAGAAAAAAUAUUAUUAAAUGAAGAGGAAAUCGUAAAACCCAUUAAACCAAAAAAGAAAAAAGCUGACUAUGAAGAAUGGGUAGAACCAGAAUAUAUUCCCCCAGUGUUAGAACCAAUGCCAGAAAAAAUUCAGUGGGAACCAAAGAGAAAGAAGGAAAAAGCUAAAAUAACACCCGAAGUUCGAAAGCUCGUCCCGAUGAAAAUUGAAAGGAUAGAAAUCAAGCCCACAAAAUUAGAGUUUACACCAGCCUCCAAAGAAGUUCAGUUUGCAACAAUAAAAUUGAAGAAGACUACAAUUCCGAAACGAAGAGAAUCAAAAUCAACGAAAGUACCUAAAAUUCGACUAAAGAGUAGAAUCACAUUUGUAUCCGAUUGGCCAGCGCCUUUACAGAAACCAGCUAUUACAAUUAUAGAAGAAAAUCCAUUACAAAAUGGUACACUAUCCAGAAAUCUAGAUGAGGCAGAAAAGGUACUUAAAAAGAAGUACAAAAAGAAGAAAUUACCCGAAAAAGAAAUAACUGACUUAGAAAAAUUGGAUAAAGAAUUUGAAGAGUUAAAAAAGAAACCUUUGGAAAAAAUAGAAGAUAAAUCUAUCUAUGAAAAACCGCAGAAAGCACCGAAAGGAAAAUCACCAGACGACGUCAAAAAGUUAAAAGUAGGUAAGGGAAAAUUACCAGAACAAGAAGAUGUACCAGAAGAUAUAAAGCUAAAGAAAACACCAAUGAAAAAAACAGAAGAGACAGAUAAAGCACCAACAGAGCUGAAAUCCAAGGAGAAGCCAAUUACAUCUGAAGAAGAGGAAAAAAUUAAGCCGGAAUUCACAAUAACGCCAGAGGAUUUCAUACCUUCCGAACAUGAUAAACCGGAGUUAGAAAAAUUCAUACCGGAUCAAGAACAAAAACUAGAAGAAGAAUUGCCUGAAAAAAUGCCAGAUAAAUACAAACGUCCUGAAAGAAAGCGUAAAGAACAAGAUAUUGAACAAAUUCCGAUCAUAAAAGGAAAAGCAAAGCCAAAAGAACCGCAGGAUGAGAUAGAUGUUAAGUUUAGAAUUCCUGAACGAGAUAAACCUGUCGAAGAACCUGACAAGAUUAAUUUGAAGCCCUGGAAAAAAGAUGAACCUGAAAAGGUGGAAAAUAAGAAAAUUGAUGGUGAUCUUAACUUGGACAAAUUGCCCUCUAAAGUCGACAACGAAGAUAUAGACCAUAAAAAGCCGUCGAAAAAGACACAGAAAUCUGUUUUUACUGACGAGAUGCCUGAAAAGUUUGAAAAAACCCUCACGGUUAGUGAAACUCCCGAUGAGGUUUUUACAGAUGAUAUUACAUCAACAAAAAAAGACGAGAAACAAGAUAAUACACAAGAUCAACAGAAAGACAGUGAGAUACCUGUAACAGUGCUUGAUGAUAAACCGGAAGACAUAGAAGAGAUUCCACUUGAUAAAGUUACUAAAAAACCUAAAAAGAAGAAAACGGUUAUAAAGAAGGCUGACUAUGAAGAAUGGGUAGAACCAGAAUAUAUUCCCCCAGUGUUAGAACCAAUGCCAGAAAAAAUUCAGUGGGAACCAAAGAAAAAGAAAGAAAAAGCUAAAAUAACACCCGAAUUUCAGAAACUUGUUCCGAUAAAGAUUGAAAGAAAAGAAAUUAGACCUACAAAAUUGAAGUAUGUACAACCUACCGAAGAAGUUCAGUUUGCUACUAUAAAACUGAAAAAGACUACUAUUCCAAAACGACGGGAAUCAAAGUCAAUAAAGGUACCUAAAAUCCGACUGAAAAGUAGAAUAACAUUUAUAUCUGACUGGCCAGCUCCCUUGCAGUUGCCAACCAUUACAAUUAUAGAAGAAAAUCCUCUACAAAACGGAAUAUUAUCUAGAAAUAUUGACGAAGCAGAAAAAGUACUUAAGAAAACUUAUAAAAAGAAGAAAUUACCAGAAAAAGAAAUGAUUGAUUUAGAAAAAUUAGACAAAGAGUUUGAAGAAUUAAAAAAGAAGCCUUUAGAAGAAGUAGAAGAUAAAUCUAUCUAUGAGAAACCACAAAAAGUACCAAAAGAAAAGUCACCUGAAGACGUCAAAAAGUUAAAAAUAGGUAAAGGGAAACUACCAGAAGAAGAGCAUGUACCAGAAGAUAUUAAACUAAAGAAAACACCAAAAACAAAUGUAGAGUACAAGGAGACAAAGCAAACAAGACCGAAAACUAAAGAGAAGCCAGUGAAGGUUGACGCGGAUGAAAAACCUAAACCAGAACUUACAAUAAAGCCAGACAAUUUUAUACUUUCCGAACAUGAUAAACCGGAAUUAGAAAAAUUCACACCAGAUCAAGAACAAAAACCAGAAGUAGAAUUGCCUGAAAAAAUGCCGGACAAAUACAAACGUCCUGAAAGAAAGCGUAAAGAACAAGAUAUUGAACAAAUUUCGAUCAUAAAAGGAAAACCAAAGCCAGAAGAACCGGAGGUUGAGGUAGAUGUUAAGUUCAGAAUUCCUGAACGUGAUAAACCCGAAGAAGGUGUCGAAAAGAUAACACUAAAACCGUGGACAAGGGAGGUGGCAGAAGAACCAAAAAGAGAUACCCAAGAUGUUUCGCUUGAAACAAAACCUUUAUCUUCAUCAGAAACUGAUAAAGAUGAAACUAUAAAAGGAGAAAAGAUAAAGAAAAAACCAAAAAAGACGCCAGAAGUUACGGAAGCUAAGGAAGGAAUAACUAUCAAGAAGCCUACAGAAGUAGAAGAAGAAAAAGUGUUGGAGGAGGUAGUCGAAGAAGUAAAGUUAAAAAAGAAACUGAAAAAGAAGCCUAGCAUCGAGAAAACAACCGAAGAGAUCACGAUUACAAAACCAGUAGAGGAAGUCGCAGAAACUAAGCAACCUGAAGAAGUUUCGGCUGAAUUGCCUCUAAAGGCAAAACCGAAAAAGGCGCCAGAAGUUACGGAAGCUAAGGAAGAAAUAACUAUUAAGGAGCCUACAGUAUUGAAAGAAGAAAAAGUGGCGGAGGAGGUAGUCGAAGAAGUAAAGUUAAAAAAGAAACCCAAAAAGAAGCUUAGCGUCGAGGAAACUACCGAAGAGAUCACGAUUACAAAACCAGUAGAGGAAGUCGCGGAAGCUAAGCAACCUGAAGAAGUUUCAGCUGAAUUGCCUUUGAAGAAGAAACCGAAGAAGACUCCAGAAGUUAUGGAAGCUAAGGAAGAAAUAACUAUUAAGGAGCCUACAGUAUUGGAAGAAGAAAAAGUGGUGGAGGAGGUAGUCGAAGAAGUAAAGUUAAAAAAGAAACCGAAAAAGAAGCCUAGCCUCGAGGAAACGACUGAAGAGAUCACGAUUACGAAACCAGUGAAAGAUAUUGCUGAUGUCAAACAGCCUGAAGAUGUUGUCGCGGAUAUAUCUCUAAAAAAGAAACCAAAAAAGAAACCUGUUGUGGAGGAAGCAGCAGAUGGUAUGACUAUCAAGAAACCAGUUGCUGUUGAGGACGAAAAGGUCGUUGAAGAUAUUACUGAUGAAGUCGUGAUCAAGAAAAAACCGAAAAAGAAGCCUAGCCUCGAGGAAACGACUGAAGAGAUCACGAUUACGAAACCAGUGAAAGAUAUUGCUGAUGUCAAACAGCCUGAGGAUCUUGUCGCGGCUAUAUCUCUCAAAAAGAAACCAAAAAGGAAACCUGUUGUGGAGGAAGCAGCAGAUGAUAUAACUAUCAAGAAACCAGUUGCUGUUGAGGACGAAAAGGUCGUUGAAGAAAUCACUGAAGAAGUCGUGAUCAAGAAACAACCGAAAAAGAAACCUAGCGUCGAGGAAACGACUGAAGAGAUCACGAUUACGAAACCAGUGAAAGAUAUUGCUGAUGUCAAACAGCCUGAGGAUCUUGUCGCGGAUAUAUCUCUCAAAAAGAAACCAAAAAGGAAACCUGUUGUGGAGGAAGCAGCAGAUGAUAUAACUAUCAAGAAACCAGUUGCUGUUGAGGACGAAAAGGUCGUUGAAGAAAUCACUGAAGAAGUCGUGAUCAAGAAACAACCGAAAAAGAAACCUAGCGUCGAGGAAAAAACUGAAGAAAUCACGAUUACGAAACUAGUGCAAGAUAUUGCUGAUGCCAAACAGCCUGAGGAUGUUGUCACGAAUAUAUCUCUAAAAAAGAAACCAAAAAAGAAACCUGUUGUGGAUGAAGCAGCAGAUGAAGUAACUAUUCAAAAGCCCGUUGCUGUCGAGGACGAGAAAGUCGUUGAAGAAAUCACUGAAGAAGUCAUGAUCAAGAAAAAACCGAAAAAGAAGCCUAGCCUCGAGGAAACGACUGAAGAGAUCACGAUUACGAAACCAGUGAAAGAUAUUGCUGAUGUCAAACAGCCUGAGGAUCUUGUCGCGGAUAUAUCUCUCAAAAAGAAACCAAAAAGGAAACCUGUUGUGGAGGAAGCAGCAGAUGAUAUAACUAUCAAGAAACCAGUUGCUGUUGAGGACGAAAAGGUCGUUGAAGAAAUCACUGAAGAAGUCGUGAUCAAGAAACAACCGAAAAAGAAACCUAGCGUCGAGGAAAAAACUGAAGAAAUCACGAUUACGAAACUAGUGGAAGAUAUUCCUGAUGCCAAACAGCCUGAGGAUGUUGUCACGAAUAUAUCUCUAAAAAAGAAACCAAAAAAGAAACCUGUUGUGGAUGAAGCAGCAGAUGAAGUAACUAUUCAAAAGCCCGUUGCUGUCGAGGACGAGAAAGUUGUUGAAGAAAUCACUGAAGAAGUCAUGAUCAAGAAAAAACCGAAAAAGAAGCCUAGCCUCGAGGAAACGACUGAAGAGAUCACGAUUACGAAACCAGUGAAAGAUAUUGCUGAUGUCAAACAGCCUGAGGAUCUUGUCGCGGAUAUAUCUCUCAAAAAGAAACCAAAAAGGAAACCUGUUGUGGAGGAAGCAGCAGAUGAUAUAACUAUCAAGAAACCAGUUGCUGUUGAGGACGAAAAGGUCGUUGAAGAAAUCACUGAAGAAGUCGUGAUCAAGAAACAACCGAAAAAGAAGCCUAGCCUCGAGGAAACGACUGAAGAGAUCACGAUUACGAAACCAGUGAAAGAUAUUGCUGAUGUCAAACAGCCUGAGGAUCUUGUCGCGGAUAUAUCUCUCAAAAAGAAACCAAAAAGGAAACCUGUUGUGGAGGAAGCAGCAGAUGAUAUAACUAUCAAGAAACCAGUUGCUGUUGAGGACGAAAAGGUCGUUGAAGAUAUUACUGAUGAAGUCGUGAUCAAGAAAAAACCGAAAAAGAAGCCUAGCCUCGAGGAAACGACUGAAGAGAUCACGAUUACGAAACCAGUGGAAGAUAUUGCUGAUGUCAAACAGCCUGAGGAUGUUGUCGCGGAUAUAUCCCUCGAAAAGAAACCAAAAAAGAAACCUGUUGUGGAGGAAGCAGCAGAUGAAGUAACUAUACAAAAGCCAGUUGCAGUUAAGGACGAGAAAGUCGUUGAAGAUAUUACUGACGAAGUCGUGAUCAAGAGGAAGCCGAAGAAGAAGCCUAGCCUCGAAGAAACGACUGAAGAGAUCACGAUUACGAAACCAGUGAAAGAUAUUGCUGAUGUCAAACAGCCUGAGGAUCUUGUCGCGGAUAUAUCUCUCAAAAAGAAACCAAAAAGGAAACCUGUUGUGGAGGAAGCAGCAGAUGAUAUAACUAUCAAGAAACCAGUUGCUGUUGAGGACGAAAAGGUCGUUGAAGAUAUUACUGAUGAAGUCGUGAUCAAGAAAAAACCGAAAAAGAAGCCUAGCCUCGAGGAAACGACUGAAGAGAUCACGAUUACGAAACCAGUGGAAGAUAUUGCUGAUGUCAAACAGCCUGAGGAUCUUGUCGCGGAUAUAUCUCUCAAAAAGAAACCAAAAAGGAAACCUGUUGUGGAGGAAGCAGCAGAUGAUAUAACUAUCAAGAAACCAGUUGCUGUUGAGGACGAAAAGGUCGUUGAAGAUAUUACUGAUGAAGUCGUGAUCAAGAGGAAGCCGAAGAAGAAGCCUAGCCUCGAAGAAACGACUGAAGAGAUCACGAUUACGAAACCAGUGAAAGAUAUUGCUGAUGUCAAACAGCCUGAGGAUGUUGUCGCGGAUAUAUCUCUAAAAAAGAAAUCAGAAAAGAAACCUGUUGUGGAGGAAGCAGCAGAUGAAGUAACUAUACAAAAGCCAGUUGCAGUUAAGAACGAGAAAAUCGUUGAAGAAAUCACUGAAGAAAUCGUGAUCAAGAAACAACCGAAAAAGAAACCUAGCGUCGAGGAAAAAACUGAAGAGAUCACGAUUACGAAACCAGUGGAAGAUAUUGCUGAUGUCAAACAGCCUGAGGAUGUUGUCGCGGAUAUAUCUCUAAAAAAGAAACCAGAAAAGAAACCUGUUGUGGAGGAAGCAGCAGAUGAAGUAACUAUUCAAAAGCCGGUUGCUGUCGAGGACGAGAAGGUUGUGGAUGAAAUUACUGAGGAGGUUCAAGAAUUCACGCUUAAAAGGAAACCGCCUAAAUCUGUUCCGAAGCCAAUUGAAGAGAUUUACGAAGAUGUGACAAUCAAAAAACUUCGGCCUCGAAAGAAACCUCGCUCUGACCUUAAAGAAAUUACUGAUGUUGAGAAUGUAACAUUUAGGCCUCGUACAACAAAAACGAAAGAAGAUGUCGAACAAGAAUUUAAGAUUUCUCUUAAUACAUACGAAGAAGAAGAUAUAUCCAUGUCGGGAAAAGUUAAAUUGAAACCUAAAAGAAAGAAGCUUACUUAUUCUGAAGAGACUGGCGAAGAAACGAUUCAAAUUAUUGAAAAAUAUGACGAUUGUGGUCCUGUUAUUGAAGAAAUAAUUUACUAUUCUGACAAAGAUGAGUACAGUAUAGAUGAACUUGAAACAGAUGAAUUGCAUUUGCCACUCAGACGUAAAACUAAAGGUAGAAAACAGUCUUACACUGUAGAAGAAUUGGAAGAUGAUGUCCGACUCACUUUGAAAACGGACCGAAAGUAUUCUUGUGAAGAAACAGAUGAAUCAUUAGCUCUGAAACUUAAACCUCAUCGACGAGUAUCAACAUAUGAUGAAGAGGAAGCCACGUUGAGUAUAACAAAAGAAGAAGACAUUGAUGAAGAAGUUGAAUAUGCUGUACGAAAUGGAGAUGCAAUGUUUUCUAUCUGCUCCUACGUAGCAGAAACGGAUGAAGCAAUCAAUUUAGUAGAAGGGGAAAGAGUUUACAUUAUAGAGCAUACUAAUUCUGACUGGUGGUUCGUGAGAAAAAACAUAACUCAGGAAAAAGGAUGGGUACCAGCUCAAUAUCUUCUUGACGAAGCACAGUAUACAAUUUACUUACAGCGAAAACUCCACGAAAAAAUUGACAAGCUACCAGUAUUUGAAAAACCGGCUCCUGGGGAUAAGACUAGCGCUCCUCGUUUUAUAGAAAAACUUCAACCGAUACAUACACCUGAUGGGUAUACUGUACAGUUCGAAUGCCAAGUAGAAGGCAUUCCUCGACCCCAAAUAACUUGGUUUAGACAAACAGCAAUAAUUAAGCCUUCACCAGAUUUCCAAAUGUUCUAUGACGAGGACAAUGUAGCAACGCUCAUCAUUAAAGAAGUAUUUCCUGAAGACGCCGGCACAUUCACCUGUGUAGCGAAAAAUACUGCUGGAUUUGCGUCGAGUACUACUGAGUUAACUGUAGAAAUACCUGGAUCUGAACACGGCUCAGAUAUAACUUUACUUUCAAGAAAAAGCUUAUCAAGGGAAUCAUCAUUAGCAGAUAUAUUAGAAGGAAUUCCACCUACAUUCUCCAAACAACCGAAAGCAAAAUGUGUUAAAGAAGGAGAGGAUGUGAUUAUUGAAUGUAGGCUGGUUGCAGUUCCGGAACCAGAAAUUACUUGGGUUUAUGAAAACAAAAAAAUAACAUCCAAAGAUAAUGUUAUUGUUGCAACAGAAAGUGAUAUGCACAUGUAUUGCAGUGUAAUUAAAAUAACGAAAGUAUUGAAACAACAAGAAGGAAAAUACACUAUAAUAGCUAAAAAUAGAGAAGGAGAAGCUAUUAUAGAAAUGCCGCUAAAGGUCCAAACCGGUAAUCAAGAGCCUCCAGAAAUUUUGGAGCCAUUAAAACCUUUUGCUGUCAGAGAAGGAGAAACUGUAGUACUCUCAACCCAAAUAGUAGGAAACCCAUCACCAAAAAUAACAUGGUUUAAAGAGGGUCAAACACUCCGUGGAUCAAUGCCCAAAAAAGAUGGAAAUAUUAAUACAUUAACUUUAAUUCAACCCCGAAUCGCUGAUUCUGGAGAGUAUUCAGUAAUAGCUAAAAACGAACUUGGUACCGCAGAAACCAAAGCCACCCUUACAGUUGAAGAAAUACCUAGUGGAGCUCCAGAACCACCGUUGUUUACGGAAAGAUUUCAAGAACUAACCGUCCCCGAAAAAGGAACAUUUAAACUCAUAGCUAAGGUCACAGGCAAUCCAGUGCCGGAAGUUACAUGGCUAAGAAAUAACAAACCUUUAGAUAAAUCUCCGAAUAUAACUGAAAGUUAUGAUGGUGAAAAUAUUUCACUAGAAAUAAGAAAUGCUAACUCGGAAGUUGAUGCAGGAGACUAUAAAUGUCUAGCUGUAAAUCCAGUAGGUAAAACAUCUCACGGUGCAAAAAUUACCGUAGAUGUAGACAAGGUUAUGUUCACAAAGAAACUGGAAAGAAGAAAAACCAUUGAUGAAUAUAAAUGUUUGGAAUUAACUUGUGAGACUUCACAUACCGUUUCAACAACAUGGUGGCAUAACGACAAAGAAAUCAGUGGUAUGGAUCAUCGGGAAGUAAUUCAAGAAGGAAAAAUUCAUAAACUUGUUAUUAAACGCAUCAGUCAAACUGAUGAGGGUACCUACAAGUGCACAGUUAAAAAUCAAAAAACAUUCUGUGAUGUGACAGUCAAAGCUUCAAAGCCUGAAUUCGUCAAAAAAUUACAAGACUUCGAAGUCACGGAGCGCGAAGAAGCAAUUUUAGAAGUAGAAAUAACAUCUCAAAUAGCCGAUGUAUCGUGGUUCAAAGAUGGCGUACCAUUAACUCCAACCACUGAAAAAGUGGAGUUUAUUAAAGAUGGAACUUUGAGGAAACUUUUAAUAAGAUCUACCUCAAUUCAAGAUGAAGGUGAAUAUACUUGUGCUCUAGUAGAUCAAGAGUGUACAGCUGAAGUAACUAUUGUUGAAUUACCACCUGAGAUCAUAACAAAAAUGCAAGAUGUUACUAUAGCAGAAGGAGAAAAGGCAACAUUUGAAAUUGAGCUCACUAAAGGUGAUGCUUUGGUACGAUGGUUUAAGAACGAUCAAGAACUUCAAUUUUCAGAGCAUAUUCAACUUUCUAUAGAUGGCAAGCGUCAAAAAUUGAAAAUCUAUAAUUCAAAAAUAGAAGAUACAGGUGUUUAUUCUUGUCAAGUUGGCGAACAGACUUCAGCAGCCAAGUUAACGGUUGAAGAACCAGGAGUUGAAUUUAUAAAACGACUGCCUGAAGUUACAUUAGUACCUCUAAAUGAAGAUGCUGCAUUCGAAAUAGAACUAUCAAAACCAAACAUUCCAGUCAAGUGGCUAAGAAAAGGACAAGAAAUUCAUAACUCACCCAAGUAUAUAAUUACGGAUGAUGGACCAAAAAAGAAACUGGUAGUUAAAAAAUGCACCGUAGAAGAUGCAUUGGAAUACAGCGUAAUUGCCACCAACGUAAAAUCAUAUUCUAAACUUAAAGUUGAAGUUGUUGAAGCACCACCCACUAUUAGUAUGGAUUCACCGAAGGUAUACAAGGUAAAAACUGGUGACGACGUAGAAAUGAGCGUAAACUUUACCGCGGCGCCAAAACCAGCAGACGAAUGGACUGUUAAUGGUUGUGUAAUACAGAAAUCGAAAAAACUGAUACCCACCAUCGACGAAGAGUCGGCAACAUUAACCAUAAAGAAAGUUCAAAAAGAUGAUGUUGGAGAUUACACAUUAAAACUCACUAACGUUCAUGGAGAUACCACAAUCAAUAUUAAACUCAUUAUAAUGCAGGUUCCAAGUGCUCCUAGUGCCCCAGAACCAACUAACAUUACGAAUAACAGCAUUACGCUUAACUGGAAUAAACCAGCAUUUGAUGGAAACUGUGAAAUAACAGAAUACUUUUUAGAAUAUCGAGAAAAAGAAAAGACAACAUGGACCAAAGUAUCGGAAAAAAUAACAGAGACUAUUCAUAAUAUGGCCAAAUUAACUACCAAUAAAGAAUAUACAUUCCGAACGAAGGCCGUAAAUGAAGUUGGACCCAGUGAGCCAUCCCCCAAUUCGAAGAUCAUUAAAAUUACUGAAUCAGCCAAGUUGUCAGAGGAUAAACCAGGAGCACCAAGAGGACCAUUAGAAGUUUCGGGAAUGACUAAAACUUCAUUUACCAUCAAGUGGCAACCACCAGAAAGCGAUGGAGGGUCACCAAUAACUGAGUACAUCGUUGAAAUUAAAGAAACUUCACAAAAAACUUGGAAAAAGCUUGGAACAACCAAAGAAGAAAUAACAUACAUAGCAGUGGCAGACUUGAAAACUGACGUAUCCUAUGACUUCAGGAUAACGGCUAAAAACAAAAUAGGCACAGGGCCACCAUAUGUGUCAGAAGAGCCUAUAGUAGCGGGUAAAAGGCUAACACCACCAUCACCACCGACCAACGUGCAUGUCACCAAUAUUACGAGCAGAAGUGUGACGCUAAAUUGGUCACCGCCAAUAAGCAAUGGGGGAACUGAAAUUACAGGUUACAUAAUCGAAAAGAGACCAUUGGCUGGUAAAGGCUCAAGAUGGACUAAAGUCGUUACGUUAGACGGCACAGUGCUUUCUCAUGUUAUCGAGAAUUUGAAGGAAAGCGAAUUUCUGUUUAGAGUUUUUGCCGAGAAUAGUCUAGGCUUGAGCUUACCAGCGACAUCAGAACCUGUACUACUCAAAUCACAUGCCGUGGUACCGUCGCCGCCAACAGCGCCAUUGGAAAUCAGACAAAUUGCUGGCAACACGAUAUCGAUUGGGUGGGGAAGGCCAGAAUUCGAUGGCGGCGCUCUUCUUGAGGCCUAUAAGAUUGCAAUCAGGGACAUCAAAAAGACGAUGUGGAUGGAAGUCGGGCGGGUCAAUGCCGGCAUCCAAAAACUGACCAUCAAAGAUUUGCAGGAAAAUCAUGAAUAUCUUUUCAGGAUCUACGCAAAGAACGAGGUUGGCUUUAGCGAACCACUUGAAUCUGAAGAGCCAUUCAAGAUUUUACCAGCUUCAGAGCUAGCAGUAAUAGAACCAGUGGCAGAGGCACCAGACCGAGGAGAAACGACCUUGAGCUUCAGUACCGAGAACACGAGCUCCUGGCUUCGCGAUCACAACAUGGACGCGGAUAUUCAUUCUUACGCCAGGGCCCGACUGCUACGAAAGGACGAGUACUUCUUCCGAAUCUGGCACUACGCCAAAAAGCUCUUUGAAUAAAUAAUAAGCGCAUUUCCACAAGUAUCGCGGACGAAGUUUGCGUACUUUCCUUCAAAUUAUUAUUAUUACUUCAUUUUCCAUUUCACGUGCUCGACGACCCGCUUGUGGCUCAACACCGUACAGUGGGUUCGGCUUUGUCGCGAGACUUUCGAAGAAAUGACAAACCGUAAUAAUAAUACUAAAAGACUACGGCUCGAGUUGCAAGACUCGACCUUUAUGGAAAUUCCUUGCGUGUUCCUUGUAUAAAGAAUUAUUAUGAAGAGAUAUUGCAGAGGAAAACAGACGGAAGCAUGCAUUACUUAUACCGGAUGGGUCCUUUAUUUAUAUUUAAAAGUAUUUUUUAGGGGUACCGCAGGCGUGGCUGUAACGAUGCGAGCUAUGGUGUAUCAGGCGAGUGCAAAGUCUAGUCAGCACAAAACCUGUGUCGAGCUGUGCUUCUUUAAGUGUAGAUCGAUAACGACGAGAAUUCUCUCGUAAGAUCAAUGACAACGCCAAGAUGUCCCCGAGAUGAUUAAUGUAAUUAAAGCAGAAUUGCCCAAUUGUUCCGUUCCCCAACAUGUUUUUUUUCUUAGAGACUUUAAGUAUUUAGAUUAUAAAUGAAAAAAGAAGUUGGACCUACCCCGAGACCCCCAUCCGUUUUCCCACACUAAAUCCUAUAAGCCUCUCAGACAGAGUGAAUGCGCUCUUGCGAGUAAAUAUUUUUCUGCAUUCAUGAACGACGAAUUAAAUGUGAUAAAGAAAUCGUUCGCUCGUGGAGCAAAGUUUGUUACGUAUAUAGGCUGUACGAAUUUUAUUAAGCGAAAAACGUCAUGUUAAUAAGCCUUGCAACGUAUUUUAUGAGAGAAAUGCCAUCCGAUGUUGGUGCCCGAGACGUCAAUAUAGGUGCAGUCAAACAUCAUGCAUUUACCAACAUCGCGUCGCAUACUCUCAACGAUAUUUUAAAUAUAAUGUAAUAACUUGUAUAAAAAGCGAUUAAAUUAUUGCAUAAAUAAUA